AAAAAAACAUUGCCGCUUAUCCACACAAAAACUACUUUAGGAAUUUUUUUUUUCUAAAUUCACCUGAAUGCCUCACAGUCCAUCAACUACUCGAAACCUAUUCUGUCAUUUCUCAGCUUUCAGUUUAAGACAUCAAUUUGUAUCUUGAAAGGGAAACGUCAGUCUUUGAAAGGAAAAAAGUAGCAGAAGAAGAAGAAGGGAGCAAACAAGAAGUGUAAAGACCUCCACACAACAAGAGACUGGUGUGAAUAUAUAUUAUUUUAUGACUCGACAUUGACAUCUAGCGACAAAAUAUAAUGCUUGCAAUACACAGAAAUCGCUGUAAUGAGCUUUCAUUUGUGUUGAACACUGCACUUGUUCCACCUUUUUCUAUUUGUCAUAAACUCCAUUAGAUACAUAUUUGUGCCCUGUAGGUCCACUAACUCUCAUCUUGAUUCCAUUAUAAUGAAAUCACUGAACUUGCAUUAUGAUGAUUAUAAGUUUUUAAAAAAUAAGUCUUGAUUAGACGUUAGAGAAAUCCUUUUAAAGACAGUUUUAUUCAAAACUGUUUUAUUCUUGGCCUCUAUUUUGUAAAUCCAUGUUAACUUCUUCAAUAAUUUGGAUCUGGAGACAGACUGCAAUGCGUCAUUAGCAAAAUCAGGUUAAGCAGCUCUUACAAAUUAGGUGUGUGAUAUAAGAUGUGCUCCAGGGCACAGGGUCAGAAGUUGUUAGUAUGAAGUCAGACCACAUUCAAGAACAUUCUUCAGGGGCAGGUUUCUCCUGAUGAUAUCUAAAUAAGUGACAAAGAUGUGUAAGUGUUAUUUAGUAAACAAUCAUUGCAUCAGAUUUGUUGUUUUCAAGAUAAGGAAGAUGGUCUAUUAUUAAAUGCUAACAAAUGCAUGUGGAGAGGCAUUAGUGCAUUGAAAGGUAAAUUUAAGUAAAAUAACAAAGCAUGAAAUAUGCAUCAUUGAACAAAUUUGAAUAAAAUCAGGGUAACCUAUGUUUUUUUUUUUUUAAUUCAUUACUUCAUAAUACGAUAUCAACUAUAUUGUCAUUUGCGCUUUAAAUGACAAUGCACAGUGGUGUAAAUCCAUGUAACUACUUAUACCACUGAGCCACAAUGGCCCCUUUAAAGGAAGUCAGGUCACUGAGGCUUGAUAGAAGCAGUGUAUUUGUUGUACAGACUGCUUUCGUAGAAAAUCUAACUUUUCAUCAUUUUUUUUGGUAGUGUGUCUAUAAAUGCACAAAUAAGGUCUACCAAAAUCUAAUGAAAUGAAAAGUCACAAAAUGCAGUGGUAAAAAAUGUAAACAAUAAGACAAGCACAAUAAGUGCUGGUCAGAUGGUUUAUGUAAGUUACAGUAAUAAAAUACAACAAAGAACCCCCAUGGACAGCUCUUCUUGACUAAUUUUUUUGUGCUUUCACUUUUAUUUUCUUUGAGUCCACGAUACUGCUUUAUUAUGAGCCUGUAGCAGUAUUGUGUCCAUGUUAACAUGCUUGUGAGUAAACAUGUCUUUUUCAAAUUACCACAGGCAUGGUAACUCCUCAGAUCCAUGCCUGUUUGUUCUGCCAUUGAGCCUUGAAAAGUAUAUUUUAUGAAAUCAAAAUGUAGUAGGGUUACUGUGGUUAUUAUCUAAAUAAUAUAAUAACAUUCUGAUAAAGUGCUGUAGUAAGAUAGACAAAGGCAUAUAUAUAAACAGUGCUUUCAGGUAUGUUAAAUUGAACUGAACACAAAGCAGAAGAAUUAAACGUAGGCCCAACACACUAAAUUAUUGGAGAUAGUUAUUUUGUGCUUGUGUUGUGUAUUUAUAUUAAAGAUCUUUGUAACACACUGUGAUUCACGUCUUUAGUUUUCGUUUGUGCAUGAUUAUUGCUUUAUUGUAGAAAACAAUAAACUUCGGAGGCGGUUCUUCAAAUACGAGCAGAUAUCUCCAGUGAGACAUAGCCUCACCAAUUUGUUUGUUCGGGUGCAUAACAACAACAACAACAACAACAAUAAUCAUAAUAAUCAUGAGGCAAAGUUUGCUUGCAUCAUCAAUUUACUUUGGCUUAAAUUCUUUAAGGUAUUCUUUUCAACCAACAAAAGAGGAACGAAGACAGCGACGCCUGUUGUCCAAUGGUUACAUCACUACAACUGUUGAUAUUACUUGGUCCCCUUCAUUUUUUUAAUCCUAAAUAGCCGUUCUUUAGUCGCGAAAAAUAGCCCUGGAUUUUCAGGCUCAAACUACUGAAUAAUUUUGAACAGACAAAAUACAGAAACAAAUAGGGAACGGGUCUGCCUUGAGUCGGAAACCUACCAAGUUGGUGACUCGUAAUGCAGCGUUCUCCUUAUACACACUCAUACAUAAGUAGCCUCUGCAUUCCGUGUUACCCAAGCUCUAAUUGGCCAAACAGAACGCCAAUCAUUCACCCCCAGCUGGAACUUGUGUUUGAUUGGCGAGAAGCGCACAUCCGGCGAUGGCUCACACGCCAUUGGUUAAAAAACUAGGUUAGUGGUCCGACGGGCAUGACGGUGAAGAGAAACUGGGUCACCGAUCGAAAAUCGUUUAUGUCACAGUUCUGUGGGUUGCCAUCUCAUUUUAACAGCGGCUUUUAAUGGAUAGAUACACUUCACUGGAUCCACAGUAAGUAUUAAUUGAAUAUAACACGUAUUAUCUGUAUUGCAUCUCGGUGCCGUUGCUGUGUUUUAAGCCGUGGUGGUUAUCGUCGAUGUUUUCCCAGCGCCGUGGUCAUGUCAAUGUGGUUUUCUAGAGCAGGAGGAGGGAGGAUAGCUCGCUGGCCAAGUCUUGACAGUUAGCGUUCCCAAGCUAGCAGCUGUACGCUGAUAUUAGUCAAGAAAAUGUGUUGUUGUGGAUGAAAUGCGGUAAAACGCCCCACUGGGGUGUCACGCUAGCUCUUAGGGUUGUCUGCAGCCACCGGGGAGGCUAUCGUUCAGGUAAGUGCGGAACUGUACCUUAACUUGACGUGACCCGAGUACAGGCGACUGAGGGAAUAGUGCUAACCCGUGCUAGCAUGCUAGCGAUGUAAACAGGCCUUGUUCUGUAUCUUGAUGGGUAUCUGUCUCACGGUUUCUUCGACAGCAUACAUCCUGCUGCGAUAAUUCCCAAAGCUCAUUCCCAAAUGUCCUCAGUCUUCUCUAACGCGCAGGCACAACACAUACCAGGACCGUGGCUUUGUUGAAUCACUUCUCUUUGGUUAUGAAAUAUCGUCCUGUUGGCAUUGGGAGCGGAAAUGUGGCGACCAUUCAGUUUCUGCAGUGGUUGCCAAAAGAUAAUCAUGGAAAAGCUUUGGUAUUGCUUACACUGUGUAUAAUUUUUUUAGUUAGAAGGGAUUCUACAUUUGAGCUAUUUGGUUUUUUCAUGUGGGCUUCCACUUGAAUGAACACAAGUGAUUUUGUUUGUUGUUUGUUUGUUUGUCUAUGUUUGCUUUUCAUUAGACCUGAAUAGUCUGAUCCACAUAAGAAUUGCCAACCUUUGCUGUACCAAAUGAGGGUCAACUUAUGUAGCUUGGAGUUCAGUGCACAAUAGUUUCCAGCAAAAAAAGAAAAUAUAUAUAUUUUCUAAAAUGGUAUCAACAUGCAAGUCAAUAUCAGCAAACCUCUUUUUAUCACCCCAAAAGAUCCCUCCUACUACUGACAAACUAUGUGACAGAUCUCCAUCCAAUAGUAAUCAUAAAAAAUUUUCAUUAAGGACUUUAAUUGAAGCAGUCACCAAAAGUAUUGUAUUUUGCCAUUAUGUUAAUUUAAGGUUGAAUUAAUAGUGUGGAAAUAAAUUGUUUAACCCUUAACCUGGGAUCGUACAGAGCCUCCUUUUUGACUUCUGGCAGCCCCUAAAAAAAAUAACAAAAAUAAAUUCACAAUUGAAAAGGACAAGCAGGGCUGACUAAGUUCAUUUAUUUUGUAGAAAUUUCUUACAUCUUGAUUCCACAUUAAGUGUGUUUGUAACACAUGCUGUCAGCACACUCCAGAGAUGAUCUGUCACUGCUCUAGUCUGUUCUUUUGUGUAGAGAGUAAGGAUGCUCCAAUCUUACUCUCAGUAUCAGUAUUGGUCUGAUACCAGACAAAAUUGCCGGAUUGGAUAUUAGAAAAUAAAGAAUAAACUUUCUGAUCCAAUCCUUUAGCCCCAAGUUACUGAGCACAAUAUGCGGUUCAGAGGCUGGCUUCUUUGGACAGUGAUGAGCUGCUGUAGCACUUGCCAUGUUAACAAAAGCUACAUCAUGAGAAGAGCUGUAGCUAGAUGAGCAAAAGUACCACAACAGAGUGGACGUCACUACUAGUUUUGUCUUCUAGCAACAAAAAACCUCCCAGUAAUGUUUUGCAAGUGUAAAAGGUUAGACAAACUUCUUGGACUGAAUGUUCAGGGUGAGAAAUGCCUGCUUUUGGCUGAAAACAGUGGAUUCAGCUGCUUGGAUAGACGCUGGGGUCCAGGUUAAGUUAAACUAUUUUUCAGACCCUGCUCUGACCAAACUCUAUGAGACACUGUGCAAACUAUUAUCUACUUAGUGAAAAGAUAUUUCUCAGUGAUAAGCUUUGCCUCAGAUAUCAGGAGCUCUGACAUUUGUCACUCUUGAGUCUGAACCGGUUAGACACUAGUUACACAACAGUGUGCAGCGUUCCAAGCUGGCUAUUAAUUUAAAACUGGUGGUGUUGGAUUGAUAUUGGUAUCAACAGUCAUUAAAGCCCAGUUAUUGGUUCCAGUAUCAGAACUUACCAACCUGGAUCAGCUCAUCCCUAGUAGAGACUGCACAUCAGAGCUCAGUAUCAGAAGCAUAUCUUUGCCCUGUUCCUCUAAAGAUAUCCACCAAGUCUAUUUUCAACAGACAGAGCCUGCACCAUGUAAAGUUGAACAGAGCUGGUGGAGAAGUCAGACAACCAUACAGCCAGACAUCAACUGGUGCUGUGCAGUCUGUCUAUAUGUCAUGUGAUGGUAGAUGUAAAAAUGUAUGUGGGUCCCAACACUGCUACUGUCAUAGAUAACUGGAAAAUGCUCAGUGUUGAUAACAUCUGAGACAUACACUGCGAACCAAACCAAUUAAAGGUAAACCAACUUUGAAAAGGCAUGGUAACCUCUCAUUAGCACACUGUUGCAUUGUUGUAAUUUGGAGAUCUUGAUACUAAGAGGAUCUGAUGGAGUUCACCUGAUUUGGUAACCCCCCCUAGUCCAGCUGCUUUGAGUUAUACCUCUCUGUGCUAUACUUCAGGCAUGUAGGGCAUGCACCAUCAUGUGCUGUGUAAGGUCAAGCCUCUUCAUAACACCCGAUGACAUAAAGUGUGAUGGGCUUUUGUUGAGUCAUUGCUGAUCACCUCAUCACAGUGUCACUCUUGCUCCCCAUUGCUUGUUGUAGUCAAAAAGUUGAGAUGAAUAAUACUCACUUGUGCAACACAAGCCAACUAAACAACACGAUCAAUGAACCAAACUUAUUUCAGUGGGAUUUAGCACUUUUUAUGCUUUAGUCAUGCUCUAAUGCCUGUGAAAGGGGUAGUCUUUGGGUAGACUUGAUAUGAUCUGUAGACGUGAUGUGCCUCUGUCUGUUCUAGUUUUGAUCAUGGAUCAGGGAAGUGUUCUUCUGUGGUGACCGAGAAGUCUGGUUAGUAUAUAGCACAAGAAGCGUCCUGUUCAGGUCAGUCAGUCAAGUUCGAAAUAUGGGAUGUCCCAGCCACUACAGGGCAGUUGGCAAUAUUUGGUCCAUACAGACAGGCAUGAAUUCUUGCACUCUAGUAUAAUUAUUGAGACUUGAGGCAGACUUCCCUUAGCACUCUGUCAGCUUUGAAUCCAUUUCAGCAGCCUUGAGCAAAGGUUUCAGGAAACGUGGACUAGCAGUACAACAUGCCUUAUAAGGUUGAUAAAUAGAUUGUAAUGGUCUUGUUUAUUGGCUGGGUUGCUAAUGUGCAACUAGUGUUUUGUUUUUUUGCAUCAUCUUUAAUUAGACAGCCUUGACAGUAGUGUUAUCAGUAGUUUAAGUAUUAACUAUGUUUUGACAGGAAACGAAAAUGUGAACUUCAGACCUAAACUUUUAGGUGUUAUUUUUUAAGUCAUACAGGUAGCCAGUGCUUAUGAUCAUUCAUCAAAGCAACAGCGGAAGCACUUGUAUAGUUGUGUGAUGGUUUGGCAGGAUAAUAUCUAGACCAUCAGCAUAACCAUGGGAAAUACUAGGGAUGUACUGAAAAUUCGGCCACCAAAAAUUUUCGACUGAAAAUGACCCAAUAGUGCAUUUUUGGUUUUUGGUCAAAAGAUUUUUAUCAGUGAAACAACCCAGCCGAAACAGAUGUUGGAAUGACACAGACAAAAACCGCAGUCAGCAUGGGCUUGUCUAGAUGAGGGCCAACAUGUCUGCAGUGUGUAUGUAUUUCAGUGUAUCUGAGAAUUAUGGAUAGCAAUUAGCAAAGCGUGUAAUGCUAACAUUUGAAGAGAGGCUGCAUAGAGUUUCUUCAUGUCGUGUUUAAUUCAUCACCUGAAAUCAUCCGAUUGCCAUUCUGAAUGUGAGAAAAACACAGCACAAAAAAGGAAAAUCCCUCAGAGCACACCCACUCCUCUGUUUUUUAGAGGCAGGACAUUUUUCCAGUGAUUGUGCCAAGACAAAGUGCUUUACACAAAAAAAUUAUGGAAUUCAUUGCCUUAGAUGAUCAGCCGUUGUCUGUUGAAGAGGAUGUGGAUUUCGUAGGUUGAUCCAGCACAUUGAGCCCCACGACCUGAGCUGUUUAACGAUGUUGCAGUUCACAUUGCAAUGUCAUAAAUUGAUAUUAAUUUAAUACGAGCUAAUGCAAUUGCAAUGUCUUGAUUUUAGGAAGGUUAGUACACAGUCCUAGCCAUAAAUGCAAUGAUUCUAAUAAUUGGCAAAAUAAUUUCUUUUGGAGUUUCAGUUUUCAGCCUUGGUUUCCUCAUUUCCAGUUUCGGCCAAGAAUUUUCAUUUCAGUGUAUCCCAAGGAAAUACUCACCAGUAUUCCAAGAAAUCCUGUUGUUCCUGGUGAACUAAAUGUGAGAACAAUAAAAUGGGGGGAAAAAGGAGAGAAAAUUCAUUGUUUUUGUAAAGUGUAAAGACCUUCAAGUUCAACGUCACCGACUGGUGAGGCGACUGGUGUGUCUUAUUUAUAGAUGACAAAGUUUUCUUGGUUUGGAAGCGAGGUGAGUCCUGUGUAGAGCUUGAAGCAGCAUACACAGCAGUUGGUGUUAAUAUUUCAAUAUGUAUCAAAAGGUGUACGUGUUGAAAAUAAAUAGAUUUCUGUUUCCAUCCUGGCAGCAUGCUACAACUAAUGAGUGGUUUAAUAAGUAUUGUAGUUUCCAUUUUCUGUCUCUAUGGCUUUGCCUGAAUGACUUCCACUCGGGAUGCAAACUUUGAUUCCUUUGUAUACUUAAAGGCAAGUGCAGCUACCGGCAAAUCUAUGCAGGUGUUUCCAUACAAACCGAAUAUUAGAUCUAAACUGGGACAGCUGAAUAAAUCUGAUCUGGAAUUAAAUUAUGGUAGAAAAAAAUCUAUUUCCUUGUCAAAGUGCAGUCAGACCCUGUACUGUGAGUUCAAAUACGCUCAUUUCUGAAGGCAAUUGGAAAAGUAAAACAACUUGAGCAAGAAUUGCUUGGUGUUUGAGUAAUACGGCAUAGCAACAUCUUUUAUUCCUACAGCAUACAGUAUUUUGUAUUAUGAACAAUUUGAGGAAAUAAAACCAGAAAUAUGCAGGGUGUUUUUGUAUGUUUCUAUUAUUCUGUUUGUUACCCCGCUAUCUACUAAAGUUCCAACACGUAAUACUGACAUGAGAUUGUCAUGGUUCAGUGUGAUCUGGUUGUCCUCAGUGUUGCUCUUGCUAUUCAGAAUUUACCAGUAUGGCAGUACAAAGUGCCACUGAUAACAGGAAAACACUCACACCCCUGAGGGUGUGCUCUUUAUUAUUUAGGUGACACUCAUUAUGACCGUGUCAUGUCGCGUGCUUGUUAGUUGGCAGGCAGGCACAAAUUCUUUAUACUCACUCGUCAGUUCACUGUGUGAUCUCACACGGGUCUGGACUAAUUUGAGAACAGCUGAUUAUGUGUUUUAGACAGGUUAAAACACAAAGAAAGAAUCUUUUUUUUCAACAAAUUACAAAGAAGAAGCAUAACUCAAUAAUUUGCUGUUACAGUCCUUUAUCUUUGUCACUAUUUUGACUGUUCCACUGCUGCACAUACUCAUGAUCUGGACUUUCGUCUUAGCCUAAACAGCCUUUAAACCAUUAAUCUGGGUAGCUGCCAUGGCUUGUAUCAGCUAACAUGAUUCAAACAAGCAGAAACUAAGUGUGGAAGGAUCUCUUUUUUUGCUAGCAUAAGCAACACUUUCAGUCAUGCACCAACACAACAAACAACAACAGUACAUAAAACAAACAAAGCCAAAACCUCUACGUCAAGGUCUGGAUCCUGUCUGGCACAUUUUUAACACCAAACUGGUAAUGAUAGAGAAGGUUGAAUGGGUCUUCAGAAGAGACGUAAAUGUUGACUUUUGUCCUCAUUCAGCUUUCCAGCUUCAUAGUGUAUUGCAGUGACCACACCUUUAAGUAUAGUUGCUUUAGUUAUGCAGAAAAUGGAAUGUUGUAAACAUGGUUGCUUUUCUGUGCAUAGUUAAUAACCAUUGUAAAGGGAGUGUCAAGGGAUUUCAGGGUUUCCCCUACAUGUAAUUGAUUGUGUCGCACCGCCACGGCUAAAUAAAAGCAGCCACACCUGUAAAAAUGUGUUUUUUGUAACGUUGUUGUAAUGCUGCUCCUGCGGGGUCCUUGAGUUGGCUACGGGGGUCGUCAGCCACGGCUUUAAUGGAUAUCCACGAUCACCUACAGAGAUAUUAUAGUAAACCAUACCAUAAUUUUGAAAUGUUGUAACACUCACCAAUAAGCCAGUCAUCGUCAACAGCUCCUGCUUGGAGGUGCACACCCACAGAGCUGUUUUGUAAAAUAAAGGAGUCGUGUGUUCCUCCAGGCCACCGGGCAACAACGUUUAACUGUUUGACUGUUUGACUGAAUGAAAUCCUUUCCUGUUGACAAAACUGAAUUCAUUGUGUGAAGGUGCUUUUAUUGCGAUGUGGGUGCAGUCUAUGGCUCGAAUUAUGUUUGGAAAUCCUGCGAUGGCGUGAAAUCCUUGUUUUAUUUCAGCUUGUUGGUGAUGUGUGUAUGGGAACUGGAUGUAAGUUGAGGCCAGAGAAAUUGUUGCAUUCAACAAUGCCGGCAUGAUUCUGCUCAGUGUUGGCUACAAAAUGCUGCAAAUGUCUCCAAUCUCGUGUUGAAAUGUUCCGGUGGCCAAGAGUCCCAGGGUGGACAGGAGCUGGAUGUGCACCGGGAUGGCUUGGGUGCGUUUUGUCUCUCACUCCAACACGUGUUGUAACUCACGGCAUAAAUCCAUUAAAAUAUUUUCGGGAAAGUGGUACCUGCUAAGAAGCCACCCUGUGCUCUCACUGAGCAGAUCAGCACGCUCUUUGAAAACGCGCUCCCUGCGGAGCAUACGGUUCUUCAAGUCCUUCAAUAGCGCAAGAUAAGCCAUGGUAAUUGUAUUUUCAUACUUGUCAGACUUCUUUUGAGGUUGUUCUGUCACAGCUGUCUUUUAUAGCUUGUCACACCAAUUCUUCAAAAUGUCUGCUAAACAACUAAUUGAUAAAUGACAUUAACUAGAGGCAACGGGGAGCAUGUGUGAAGUUUGAGAUUGCUGAACGCUUCGUCUCCUUUCUUGGGCUCUAUUUGUAGUUUCACUGUUCUACCACUAGAUUUUGUGUGUACGCAUGGUCAGAGUUGUGCUUAAAUGUACACGCGUUCCUAAGCACAAGUACAGGUUGAUAAAUUCCAUACCUUGCGCAGGAAUGUUUGUACGCACUCACGACGCAUUAUCAUUUAUCAACCAUGCGUACGCACACAUCUGUGGGUACGCAUGGUUGAUAAAUGAGGCCCCUGGUAUGAUUUGGAGUAAAGCUCAUUCGUGUUAUAUUGCCUUAGAAAAUCAUCAGGGGCAGCAUAGCAGCACUGCAUUGUGGGAAAGUCUCUAAAUAGUCUAAUGAUAUUAAUUAACAUGUUGUUGUGCUUGAAUUUUCAGCUUUGCAGUCACUAUGUCAUUGGUUAGUUACUGACUGACAUGAAAAAUGUUACCAGUUAGCGUUAGCUGUGACAAACCCAAGUCUGACCUGAACCUUUUUUUUUGUUUAGACCUUAUCCAAGCCUGAAGUUAACCACAGCAAAGCUUUUCCCAAAGCAUUUCAUUUAGCUGUAUGUAAUUUGUUUAAACAAAAAGUAUUUGGUUCUUGAGGGGGACACCACAUUUUAUUUUUAGGCUCUUGACUUAAAACGUCUGGGGAAUCUCUGCUCCUUUGGUUGUGACACAAAGAAGUGAAAAGUGUCCAGGUGAGAUCUCUGUCCCUCUUCGGCUCUCCAUCAGAAACAAACGUGACUUGUACAUCUUCAGCAGACACUAAACCAAAGUAAUUUCAAAUUGCACAUUUGGCUCGUUGCUGUGGGGUUCUGGUUGUUUCUUGUAAGCUGUUCAGUUUAAUUGCUGUAAUAGCACAGACUAAAGCUGAGCAAGACAUGUGACUUGGUUGGUUCUGAGACUGAAUGUGUGAAAGUUGUCACAAACACACAUACAAAUCCAUCUUCUGCUGAGAAGAUGGAUUUGUAAAAUUCCCAUUCCUCCCUAAUUUGUUGCAUGGUUAUUCCAGAUGAAGGUUGGACGUGGAGUGUUGUGUGCUUAACCUUUCGUUAACAAUACAUCAAAAGCACAAUCUAAAUCCAAAAAGUACACCCAAUAGUAGUUAAAAUGAUGACAGCCAUUGGGAGUGUCCUGAUACAACUUUUUUAAUUCUGAUACGAUACCGAUAUUGUAGCCCUCAGUAUUGGCCAGUACUGGUAUUGAUCCAAUAUUAGCACAAAUUUGUGCAUGACAAGUUUUGCCCUCAGCUGUAACGUCUUUUUCAGAAUUUCACGAAAAAUAUUGCCACACAGUCGACAUCACUCCUACUCCUUGCUCCAUUGUUAGUACCGUAGUGCACACUGCUGUUGUGAUCAAGUGGGCUCUGCAUGCUGGAGCUGGGUGCUGCUAGAUAGAGGUGCUGGAGUGGAGUCUUUUUUUGCUAAUCUAUCUUUCUCUGCUGGUCUGUUGCUGACAUAACUCGUCAGGGAAUCUCCAUACUGAUUAGUAAUCACAGGAGUUCAGAUUUUUCUUCUCUAAUUAAUAAGCGCUCAAAACGAGUAGCGCGUUGGGUGUGAUGCGUGUAUGAUAAGCUUUAAUUGUGUCGCCCGAAUAGAACGUGAGUCUCGUGUUUUUGCAUUGACUUUAAAUGGAAUUCACUUGUGCAAAUAAGUUUAAUAGUAUUUGGUGUGAAGGUAACAUCAGGCUGCCUUGCACAGUAAUUACACUUAGAACAUGGUUGAGAGCAACCCUGCUGCUUAUGUAGAAGAGAAAGACAUUCAACUCAAGGGAAGUUUCUGUACGUUUUGGCAACUCCUGAGAACUAGGUAUUUCAGCGUAUUUCUUUGCUGCUCUUGCUCUGUACACCACUAAGUGUGUUCUCAAACAGAAAAACGUACUGCUCUCUGAAACUGUCAAACAUUUUAAUGAUAGUCUAAUCUGUAGAAACUACAUUCAUUUGCAGGCUGUUGAACCAGCUCAGUCCAAAUUAAACGGCUCAUACCCUUUUGCCUUUGAAGUCACUGUAUUCAAACUCUUAUUGAACACCUAAGCGAGCGCGUGGACUGAUGUUAUGCAGCAGUUUUUAUCAUCACAACACCCAAUGACCAAGUAUUUCAGCAGAAUUAUGAUAUGCAGAGAACUUUAGAGUGACUGUUUAGGUGCUGUGUCUGUAAUGAAGUCAAAUGAUCUAGCAGCACCUCACAAAGAGACUUGUCACCUGUGUGUUAGUAGUGGUUGUGCCUGCAGAGUUGCAUGUUAUAGACAGGACCAACAGGAUAAUAGCCAUGACAGAAGUAUGUGCUCCCUAACAGUUUUUGCUUACUGUCUGCCAUCUAAUGUCUAAUUUAAUCCUAAAUUUAUCUUUGGGAUUUUAAUUUUGACCUUUUGAGAAUAAAUACUGCUCAACCAAAAUUAAGGCCAAUAAAGGUAAGAAGGGCAGUCAUUAGAGUUUCAAGUAUUAACACUUAAAAACACACUCCUACUUAUCUUGAAGUAUUCAUCCUGCACCUGCUGUGAAUAAGUGCUUAAGCAUACUAGUGUUGGCAACCUUGAGUAAAGUCAGGCCAACUUUAAUGAAAUAGCAUUGCUCUAUCACAAAAAUAUGAACCAUUUAAAAAAAAAUGCCACAGCCAUAAUGGGGACAGUAUGUGGUGCUGACCAAGUUAGGGUGACUAAAUCAGUGUAAUGUUCUUGGGUUUGUCUUUCCACAAAGUACUUUAGAGGCAGUUUAGAUUAUAAAAUUUCCAUUUUAUUCGAAAGAUAUGGGCUUUUAAACUUGUUAAAUGACACGAGUUGCCGGGUUAGUACGCCCCACUUAUGGGAACCACGGUCCCUGCAGUGGUGGCGGGUUCAAGUCCAGCCUCGAUCAUAUGCUGCAUGUCCUCCCCCCUCUCUCUUUCUCCCCAUACUUCCAAAUUAACCUAUUAAUAAAGGCAAAAACUCACAAAAAAAAAGAAAAAUAACAAGAGUUGUGAUUAGUGCUGCAUUAGAUAAUGUUGCAAAACCGAUUUUGUGCUCUCUUCUUUAUGAGACUCCUGGUGCAAUAUAAGGAAAUACAGGGAAUAUCACAACAUUCAUUCAAUGUAAUAUUGAUUUGGAGAAACAAAAACCAAGUUAGCAUGAUUAUUUCGAACUUGGAGUCACUUAAAUGAACACCAGCCACUUGCAUCUGGGGUUAAUGUUUGCAACAGCAGCCUUUUUGCAUUGCAUUUUGAAAGGCAUGCUGAUGCACAGAUUCUACCAGCACAGAGGUAAAAGGGUGCAUAGAUAAUGUAAAGAUUAUGGAAACCCUGUUAUCAGUUUUACAUUACCUGACUUUACCCUGGGAAGAAACACUGUGGCAGCAAGACAGUAUGCUAAAGUGGGGCGUAUGUGUCAGGUCUGACCUUUCAAAACCAGCUUGAGGAGCUGUUUGUGAGCAGAAGGAGCCAGGUCAUACUGACCCUAAUGAGCAGGAUUACUAACAGCCUGAAUUCCCUUCACUAGUUGCAUUUACGCUGAGAUUGAUUACCUGAAAAAGAUGGAUCCAAAUGCUAACCAAGUAAGAUGGAUUGCAGACAACUUGAACAAGUUCAUACAGUAUUUGGAGAUUAUAAAUCAUCUAUGGAUCUUUAUGGAUAUAAUAUGUUUGGAUUAAGUAUUUUACUGGACUUGGAUUGUAAAGGGUUUCUCUGUGCAGGAGACCAUUAGACUUUUCAACAGGUUUUCAUUUUUUAAAAUAGGUUUUCCAGGCCACUCAUUCUGAUUGAGAUACAGUGAAAUUACACCUGUAAGAUAAUUAUGUGUGGCACUUCCAGAGUUGUAUUUAGCAACUCGGUUAAAGGCACCUUCACUUUGGUUGCUGAAUGGUGACUUGCUAUGUGAGACCUUAAAUUCACAGUGUUUUCAUGUUUCAUGGUGAUCUGUUUGGCCCAGAUUUGAUGUACUUCAUCUAGAUUAGCUGGUUCUUUUUUGUCAUUUUGCUGAAAGUAGAAAUGUUUCCAAAAGAUUCAAGUGUCUUUAGGUUUAGGUACUAGUGCAGUUGCCAUUGUCUCAUCUUGAACUUGAGGAUGUGCUCUUGUAAUGGUGACCUACCAUACCCGUGUUUGACUUGUUAUUACAGUAGCUGCAGUUUUACAGCCUUUCAUUUUCUCUUGGUUCUAAUCAAUGAGAGUAUGAAGGGAAGAAACGUUUUAAAUGCAACUUUUUUCUUUUAAUCUAGAAAGGCAGGCAAACGUGCGUCAGGUCUGUCCAUUCUUCAAACAUUUCCUGGCACAUUUUUUUUCUCCAUUUCUCUUAAAGAACUGUAGCUAACAUUUAUACUAAAGAUUCACACUCUGAAGUCUUUUGACUCUUGCAAAACGAUCUCUGUCACUGGUCCGUAUUGGAUCUGAAAUUUCUGAGAUUGGACGUCUGACAUACCACCUGGAUCUUUCCAUGCUUCAUGAACAGGCUUGCCGGCUGUGUGAGUGGGUGUUAAGAGUAGAAGAGGGGAAGACGCUGAAUGGCUUGCUGACUCACUGAUGAAGUAGAAGUAGGUGGUGGAUGGAAAUUGAGGCUGGCUGGUUUGGAGACCAUGGAGACUGGCUGACCCAGUUUCCACUCCAGCACCAGUUCCUUUCAGUGUUUAAUCAUGACACAGUGGUUUUCCCCUUCUAGCCCAAAGCUUUGUUCCACUAAACGAGCUUACAGAGCCUGUCCUGACCUAGUACUCUGCUGCUUGCUACUUUAACAGCACUUCUUGAGUUUGCAUUAUUUUUUAUCACUGUCUAUUAAACUGAUGAUGGCCCACCCCUGAGUCUUUUUUUAUGAGCUCUUAGACAAAGUCACAGUACCAGUCUGGCAUUUAAUGAAGUUGCUUUUCUCUGACUUUUAAAAAAAAUCUCAUGAAACAGAUUAUUUAUGAUAUUUAUCUGUGAUCUCUUGAUCAGCUGUUUUGUGGCCACCAAUCCUGAUAAUUAGCAUUUAUGCUAACUUUGGCAUAUUUACAUUGAUGCUUUUGCUAAUAUGUCAAUUAAUGUGCAUUGUCCUAAUCAAGUAGAUAAAUAAUAUUUUUUUGAGUACUGAGUGUCUGCUGAACAAAGUCCCAACUCAAUACUUGUAUAUGCCCAGAUAGCAGAGGUGCAAUGUAAACCAACAACAUGAAUGACUAAAGUGAACAAAAUAAGAUGUGGAUGAUGAGUCUAUUGUGAGUCGGAGUAAUGACAUGGGAUCAAUAUCAGAUCUCAAAAUUCCUCAAGUUAAAGAGGUGGUAUUAUAAAAAUAUAUCAUACUAUAUACGAUAUAUAGUAUAAUAUAAAUGCUGAGCAGUGUUUAUAUUAUACUAUAAUAAUGCCUUUCCAUAUCAAAACGUUACAGUUUUUGCUACAAUGUUUGGUGUUUGUCCAUACUAGAUUUUUGCAAAGUUUCAAAUCACUUGGUAAAAGUAUGUUGUCAUGAUCUAAUCUCAUUAUAGAUGUAAACCGAUCAAAACCAGAGUCUAUACAAAGACCUGAGACUCACUAAAAACUCACGUAGGUACUAUCUGCUGUUCUUACUGGUUCAUAUGAGUUUCCAGCAAAGCGGAGCAGUGGACCUCCGACUGCACGUGUGGUGACACCCACAGCGGAGCGGGGUAAUGCUGCUCCACUGCUCUACUGAUUGACCACAAUAGAAGGGGCAAAACAUAAGCUGGCGUCUGGAGAGGUGUCCAGUCAGAAGACAGUGGGCCUGUGGAGUGUGUCCACUGCGGCUGAGAAAAAGGAUAUUUCAAUACACCACCAUAAGAAACAGGAAGCUUUUUUUUUAUCUGAAAAUCACGAAAAAGCUAUUAAAGAGGUUUUAGAAAAGAAAUAUAUAGUCUGAAAACAAUAUACUUUUAUAGCCCUUCUUUAAACAAACAGAGGUCUCAUCUUGUUUUAAAUCAACUUGUAUGCUUUCUAAGUUUUCUUUGUGCCUUUUUUAGAAAGGACAGCUGAAGAGAGACAGGAUGUGGUGGAGUGCAGACUAGGGGAAGGCAUGCAGCAGAGGGUCGUGGCCAUGUGUCGAACUAGUGAGCGCUGCAACAAGGACCAGAGCCUCUUUAUAUGGGGCUUGUGUUUUAAACUGCUCGGCCAACAGCAUCCCAAGCACCUGUCCUCUACAGUACAGCUCCAUUGAGGAGGUUUUUGAAAUGUAGUUCAGGGACAUGAGGACAUACCAUGGGUCCUCAGACAGGUGAUUCAAAAAGGUUAAAACCUUGUUCUAAACACAGGAAAGUCUGUUACGGUGGGAUUAAUUGCAGCUCCAUCCCCACCACCUUGAUAAACCUCUAUUGCAUGUAUUGCAACCUCUAUUGCAUGUAUUGCAAGUAACUGUUGAAUCAUUUUCACUCUCUUGUAGGGCUGGGUGAUAAUUUACAGAUACCAAAAUUUACAACAAUAACUGACGUCAUUUUGGCACUGGGCUGCUUAAGUUAUUUACACAUUUGCAUUCUGCUUCAAAUUCUACACAUGACAAAUCCUAAAUGAUUCGGGUGAUAUGAUUGGCUAAAUUUGCCCACGCUAGCUAUAAUCAUACAACUGAGAUCGAGAUCAGGGCAUUUCUAAAAUUAACUUAUUCCAUUUAAGAGCAGAGAGCUUGAGAGAUACUUCAAUCUUGUAGACAAGUUGAGAAAAUAAUGUUUUGUUUUUUUCUUUUUUCUUUUUUUUAUCAGAAGUUGAUUUAUUAGGACUUUUGUUUUAUAUAAAGAGCAGUGCAGAACCACAGUGAGCUGCAAACAUGUGCGCCCGCCUGAAGGGAGCCCUCCCCCAUAGUUUAAAAAAAAUGCUGGGCAUUCAUACUGUUCUGUAACUCUGCUUGAUGUUUCUCUCAAAGUGCACCAGAGUGAUGCUUUUAAAUACAAAAUGUCUGAAAUGUCCUCUUCCAGGGGAGCAUGCCCCCCCGGCCCCUCUAGAUGGGUUGUAUCCUUCUCACCGUUUCCCCCCCUGACCUGUUUUCAUGCCUGAGGAAUAUUCUUUUUAAACCAUGACUGUUUCUUCAACUCAUUUGUCAGGUGUAGAAAUCAGCAUUAGUUGGUGUAUCUUGGUGCGUGAAGAGAAGAGCAGUCUCCCCUAAUAGAGCAACAGCCUCCUGUUGACUGUCAUGCAAUACUCCUGAAACUGUACUGAUAAAUUUUGCAAAACCAUGGUAUUUACACCCAUCUAGUGUAAAUACCAUGGUUUUGCGAAAACCAUGGUUUUCUGGUGUCUUCAGGUAGUACUUGACAAUAAUAGUAAGCCAUGUAAAGGCCAUCACUGUCAAAACCAGCGGAGCUGUCAGCAGUACCUGUCCAAGGCUUUGAGGGGGUCUGUUUGCAAUUGUAUUGUAGUCUUGGAGUGAAUUUCAUGAAUGACAAAUGUUUGUAAUCAGCCUUUAAAUUUUAGGGGUAUAAGAAAAGUGUUCACUCAUUCCCUAUCAGGGAACUUGAGUUGAUAAAAUAUUCACAAAGAUCGAGGUUGGGUAAUAACUUCUUAAAAAAUGACAUACAGCUUUAAAGUGUUUAAGGCAGAUCCAGAUCUGAAUGCAAGUUCAACUGAGAAAAAAAGAAAAUGUGCUGUACGUCUCCUGUGUAUCCAAGCAGCAUGACAUCUUCCAGUACUCAUUUUGUUUGUUUGUUGUUUAUGGAGUUUGUGUUACAUCUCUGUAUAGCCCUUAAAAUGUCUCCUGUUGCAUUUGAUUUUGUGUUGACUUUUGAAGUUGGCAAAGAUAAGCAGUGCGUCUCACAAACUUUCCUCUGUCCCUUUACAGAAAUAGACCUUUUGCACCAGCAGCUUGAGGAUCUUAUCACAUCAGACGAGAUUCGUUGCAUCAAACUGGAGGAAAGUAGGUCAGACUGAAUCAAACCACACUAGAUCAGAUCAAAACGGAACAGACCAGACUGGACCACAUUGAUCCAGACACCAGGCCCAUUCAGGAGACCUGUUCCAGUUUCCUAUCCAGGUAACUCAUGCAUUUCUGUUUAUGUAAAAUGUACCCACUAAUAAUAUUUCAGAAAGCUGAAUUUGAACCAAGGAAGGCUGCCUACUGAUCAUAUGCAGCAGUGUGACUCAUGUUUGAUCUGCCAGUUGAAUACAUUAACAUGAAGAACAUGUAUAUUUUUGUUCCUUUUUAACCGGUCAAUUCUACUUCUACUCUACUUACUUACACAGCUAUCAAUGACAGCAAAUUUUUUGUGCUGUCAAGAAGGGGUGUCCUGAUACAACUUUUUUACUUCCAAUACAAUACCGAUAUUGUAGCCUUCAGUAUUGGCCGAUACCGAUAUUGAUCCGAUAAUAGCACAAAAUUGUGCAUGACAAAUUUUGCACUCAGUUGCAACGUCUUUUUCAGACUUCAACGAAAAAUACUGCUACAUGUCCAACAUCACUCCUACUCCUUGUUUUUUUGUUAGUACCUGAGUACACACUGUUGUUGUGAUCAUGUGGGCUCUGCAUGCUGGAUCCAAGUGCUGCUAGAUAGAAGAGAUGGAGUGGAGUCUGGAAUCGACUGCUUGUAUUUGAGUGCUGAUAUCGGAGAUUUUAGAUGUUGGCUGAUAUCAUCUGAUAUUCAUUUUUUUGCUGAUACACUGAAAAAUUGUCAAACACUAGCAAAAAAUGUGUAAAAAUACUUUUUCUAGACUCAGUAAACAGUACAAAGGUUUAUACAGUAAAUAGGUUAUUUUAACAGACAUGUUGUUCCCUCACAUGAUCAGAUUGUGAUCGGUUCAUUCAAACUGACUGAUCGGUGAUCUGCCCCAGAAAUCCUGAUCAUGUAAAGCCUCGUUCACAGUGAUAAACUAUUCAAAAGUGGAAUAUAAUAAGUUCCUCCUUGUCACUGCAGUCACCCUCUGUCAUACAUAAUUGAUGUCAGUGUGAUUGAGGCUUUGUUCAUACAUUUCCAUCUUUAUUAUACAGCCAUCUAUCCAAGUCUAACAAGCUGUGAGAGUUCAUUGUUGUUAAUCCUUGCUGCUGGCUAAGAUUUACAAACUCUGACAGGCUGGGAUCUCUCCGCUGACUCAUUCAUGAGGCUCUAACAAGAUAAUUUAUUCUUAACAUUUGUCAAAUAACAUCCACAAGAGAAAUACCUGCUGAAAUAACUGGGCAAAUGUUGGAGUACUUGAUAUAUUUUUGGUGACUUUUUAAAUAAAGUCGCAGCCAAUGAUAUUGUAGUUUACGUUUGCAUGAAUGGAUUAAGAGCCAUAUAUGAUAAAGCGCAAGAAUCAUUAACCUAACACCUCCUUAUAUUCCUUUCUCUGUGAAAAUAUGCCAGAGUGUUUGAGUACGCUGUGACAUCACCUGUGGGUGUAGUUUCAGGUGUAACAGGUCACCUGUAGUAGAAACGGGUUUUAAAGGAUCAUUCAGAGAGGGCAGUGAGAUGAUGCUUUAGUAACUCUUUGGUUGAGGUGACUGAAUUAUUUAGCUGGGUGCCUGUGUGAAUGCAAGACAAUCUUGUUAAGAUCUCCUAAAAUGAUCAUUCUGCUCAUAAUAAAUAUGUCGCAUCUAGUCGAGGCACAGAAGACUUGACUGAAUGAUGAACAUCAUGAGGACUCAGGUUCUUGUCUCUACAGUAAUUGAUACACUUUGACCCAAUUCUUCAAGGACAAUAAUUGCAGUGACACGAUAUUUCUUUGCAGGCAGCAGCUACAAAGACAAUAGGAGCUUCUUGUGUGUUUUGACCUCUGUGUCUCGAUGGCCUGAUAUAUGGUUUUAUGUAUCCAGGCAACUGUAACUGUGUUUUCUUUCAGCGCUGAAGGCUUCUCUCAGUUUCAGAUUGACUCUUCUCCUGCCAGGUCUGACAGCUCAUGUGAUGUCUCUGUGUGUGUUUACAGUUGAGGGCUCGAGAGUGGAUGGAAGGAGAUGAUUUUAACACAGAGGCUGUGAUGAACAUCUGUGGUGAGUGACUUCAUCCUGGUCUGCCUCUCAGCCGGGACACUCCCUUUUAUCUUUCAGUGAUUUGUUGGUAUUUUUCUCCACCUGAAACUUACCCAGCUGGAUUUUUCUUACCCCAUUGUGCUGGUCUUGACUUUUCUUCAGGCUUUCCUUUUGGUAACAAAGUUGUGCAGUAAAUAGAAUAACAUGAUUUGUGCAGAAGGGGGUGGUUUAUUUACAUAUCUGUACACAAUCAACACCAUCUGUCUUGCUAGUGAUGACUAAUGCUGGAGCAAAAACCCUCUAGUGUGUGUCAGGUGACUUCCUUUUCUGUUAUUUACAUCAACAUUUUGAUCUGCUUCUAUGGAAACAGUCACCUUCUUAUGAAGUUUCCCCUUUUGUUGUAAGUGAUCACUUUAAGUUUUGUGGAUGUAUCAGAAUUUUUAUAACUGUUUUACCUGUGUGCAGUAACAAUACUUGUGAGCACCUGAAUAAUCUUAGAUUUUUUUGUUUUUUCUCUUCAGAUGACCUGAUGGCAGACCAAAGGAUGGACAUCUCGUCUACAAUGACUGACUUCAUGUCCCCAGGCUCCACUGACCUCAUCUCCAGCUCCAUCAGCACGCCUGGCAUGGACUACACCCGAAAGAGGAAGGGCAGCACCACAGACUACCAGUAAGGGCCUCAGGAAGACAAGACAAGGAGUGAAAGGAAUAAUAUCAAGUUAAUAAUUAUAAAUCAAAGAAAGGAAAAGCAAAGAAAAAAGGCCACCAAGGUGUCAAAUGGUGUCAGGCAAUAAGAUCAAAAAUGAGGGGAUCAGGGGAUCUGAGGAGCAGUGUGAGGAAAAUAAUGGAUGCACCAGGGUUAACAGUUAUUUUGGUCUGGCUUGUAAUCGUUUUAUUAGUGCAGGUCACUAUUAAAAAUGUGUCAAGUCAUGAACUGUAGUUCGUAUCGCUUGUUGUGUUUCCUCCCUCUCCUCUGUAAAUUGUCACAUUCCUCCAAAGCACAAUGACAAAAACUGAUCACUUGAAUUUGUGUUUCUUUGCAGGAUUGAUGGCUUCUCAUUUGAGUAAGUUCAACCAUGGCUCUUUUUGAUGGUGUUAGCACAACGCUCAAUUUGUCCAGAUCUGACACAUCAGUGACCUUGAAUUGAUUUUUUUGCACCAUGAAAUAUUGAAUUCAUUACAAAACAAACCUACUGAACCAAAUGAACUCUUCUUCUUUGAACUGCUGUGCUAUGGUUUAUGAAAUGCUCUAUGAAAGUGAUGUUCAAAUCAAUAUCUUUGUCUGUUCUUCCUCAGUGAUAUGGACCCAGACAAAGACAAGCUGGGCAGGUGAGAAACACCGCCAUCACCACGCUCUAGUUUUGACUGUGGUUGUGUUUGCUGUUGUUCUAUCCCAUCCUGGUGCUGGAGUGAUCCUGUUUACUUUGCAUAGCAGUUCAAACCUGACAGGACUGGUGUACUAAAAAUCUCCUCUCCCCUCAAAAGUGCUUAUUUUACCAGAUCAAAUUCAUUUGUGCAAGUGUUAUCUCUUAAAGACUUUUUUGACUGGGCCAGUAAAGAGGAUUUGGACUUGAUUCCUGCUGUGAAAUUUACUGACCCACUUGCAGACCCUUUUUUUUUUUUUUGGAUAAAUGAUAACAACCAAGAGGCAUUUUCACAGAUAACUUUGAAUGACAGAACACUAGACCACUUGGAAACUCUAUUUGGAGCAAUUGAAAUUUGAAAUAUGGUCAAGUUUCCUGCUUUUCUUUGAAAGAGAAGCCAUUUUAAUUUCACGAAGAAGUGCAUGAAAUAUACAUUAAAUUAACUGUAUGUGCAUUCCUAAAGCUAGGUGUAGACUUGAAAAGAAACCAUCUUUGCAUGAUGGUAAAGCAUUCAACUACACAGAAACCAAGGCUGUAGUUGGAGUCUCGGCUGCAGCUCCGUGUGUUUCCAGCCAGCAGGAGUAGAAGUUCUGCACUCAUGAGUUUGAAGAUAUUUGUGCAGGAGUCUUGUUUGGAAAUAAAGUGGACCUUGUACUCUAACAUGUCUGCAAGACGGUUUGAGCUGUGAUCAUUCUUUAGAGAGGAAGACUUCAUCAUUGACAUAACAAUCAAUAUAUAGACUUUCUACGUAGCAGUGGCGGCUGAGCCUGAUUGGGUUAGUUGGUACAAGCAGGCCGCAAGUUUUUAGUGACAUCAUAUUGUUUUUCUUUGUUUGGUUUAAAGCAGAAAGGUCAAAGGUGGCUUAUUCAUAAAAUACUUCUUUAUUGUCCUCCUUUUGUAAUGUGGGGGCUGUCUGACUCUUUAAAGUCAAGAGUCUCAGAGGGGAAAGUGCUGAAUUAAAACCUUAAACCAGUGUUUUCAUUCAACAAACCACCUUCAAAAUCUGAAUAUUUAGAGUUCUGAGUGAAGUGGAUUUUUGUACUGGGUGUUGCGCUCUGUAGUGUAGUGUUGUGGAGUGUAGUGUUGUGGAGUGGGUGGGGUGGAAAAUCCUCCUUGUUUUACGUUUACAUAACUGUUCAUGUGAGAAAGAAUGCAGAGAGGUUUAAUUGAAACCACGUCAUAUUUGGAGCUACGAUCAGUCAUCAGAUCGUACAGUUGAAUCUUACCCCGGAGCGUUUCUGCCGCUGUUGCAUAAGCUUUCAAGUUGUUGAAACCAGCUAAUGAGGUUGGUUACAGAAGCGUUGAGUUUCACUCUUGCCCCAUUUACUCCAUGCCUCUUUCUCCCUCUCUCUAUCACCUACUGCCCUCUAUGAUUCAACCUUAGACGGUGAAGUUCAUUUGUCUAAUUCCCCUUUUUACUCUUUGUCUUUGUCUUUCCAGUGACCAACAGGGCCGGAUUAAGAAUGCCAGGUACUUCAACUCUUUCCUCUUCCUCUGCCUCCUCAUCGUUUAGACAUGAAUUAAAUGUCACUCUGUCUUAUCAGGGACAACGGGAGCUUUGUGUUCACUGAUGAUAAGAAACUUUAGACAUUAAAGUCUAAAUGUCGUAGCAUUAUGUGGACCUAGGGGAGUGUAAAAGCGGUCCUUCAGCUAAUGACAAGCUCUCUUUCCCUUGUGAGGGAGAAGUCUCAGAUGCAGAAUAGAUAUUUUGGAUAGAUGUAUUCUCACAGUUUUGAAGGAUAGACUCAAGACCAGGAGUGGUAUGUCAUGUUUCAACUGAAUGGAGCUGUGUUUUCUUUGCACUUAUCGAGCUGAUUUGUACAAUGAUGGACUGACAUGAGAGAUCAUCUGUAGUUCAGCUGUGCAGACUGCUGAAUCUCUAUUUUGUGCAGUUUUAUUUUUCUCCAACUUGUUUUCAUUUUUUUUUCUGGUUAAGUAAGAGUACAGUGUAGGGAUAUUAGAAUACUCCCUGUAAGGUAACCUUCUGUUACUCCUUCCUUCACAGAGAGGCUCACAGCCAGAUCGAGAAACGGCGCCGGGACAAGAUGAACAGCUUCAUCGACGAGCUUGCGUCACUGGUGCCCACUUGUAAUGCCAUGUCCCGCAAGCUUGACAAGCUGACGGUUUUACGCAUGGCUGUCCAGCACAUGAAGACACUCAGAGGUUAGUACCAACCAGAAACAGAAGUUAUCAUGUGUAGCUCCCUUUGUGAACAAGAUUCAAGGUAAGCUGCGGUUUGUUGUGUGAAAGAAACACCAAACAUCAAUAUUAACAGUGAAACUGUUUCUGAUUUAACAAGUAUAUGAGCGUCUAUACCUGUCUGGGAAUGGAUGGUGAUAGCCUGAAAAUUAUACAGGCGACAUAGUUAAAAUGCGCUCAUAUCACAGCUCUUAGGGAUAGCUUGUAUGUUUGGUUUGUAACAGGUUCAUAAAAGAGGAUCAGCCUGAAAUAGAGCUGCUUUUAAGUGAUAGGCAUCCGGCUUUUUUUUCUUCCCUUGAUGAACUUAACAGUAAAUGUUGUAUGCUGUUUUGAUUAGUUUUUGCAUUGCGUGAAAUUGUAAAGGGACCAUGUAAAAUACCAAAUAUAAUUGUUUCUAUUUGACGCAAAGUUAGCUUUAAGCUAGUUUGCAUCCACAGUCCCUUGGCAGGUCCUAUCCAGAGGUGAUCAGCAUAAGUCAGUCAUAAAGCAGUCUGCUACUUCUGCACCUCAGGACUUGAAAAGUGUAUUGUUUUUUUUCCUGUCCAGUUGCUGUCUGCAUGAAUUCAGGUGUGAAGAGUGUGUUUAUUGUUGUGUGCAGGUGCUGCCAACCCAUACACAGAGGCCAACUACAAGCCUUCCUUCCUCUCAGAUGAUGAACUGAAGCACUUAAUACUUAGGGUGAGUGUGGUACUUCAUCAUAACAGUGUUAAUUGUGCUUUGAAAUUUUAGUUAGCAUAGAAGCUUAGUAUUCAUACUUUUCCUCUCCUUUUCACCCUGAAGAUUCACUCAUGCCCUCGCGUUUUUGGCUUGUUUUUACCAUUCCUGUGUAUCAUACUGGUCAUUGUCAUGUUGCACAACAGUAUUUUUCAUUUUUUGACAACUCACGCUUUGGUAAAAACCACCCUGUAAUAAUUCUAUUGGUUUCUGUUCAACAUUGCAGGCUGCUGAUGGUUUCUUGUUUGUGGUUGGGUGUGACCGUGGAAAGAUCCUCUUUGUUUCUGAAUCUGUGUACAAGAUUCUCAACUACAGCCAGGUAUGCUCAGUCUUUGUUCACUAUUAAAAAAAAGACUAUUUGUUGACUAAUUUAUGCUGAAAAGGCUGGAGUUAAUAUGUUAUUUAUUCAUCCUUAAUAACUGUGAAGCUAGAGUGUUUUGUUGUUAAUUUCAAACUUUUCUUUGUUAGUCACUGCAGAUUAAAUAAGGGUACAUAGCAGUAGUUUCUUUAAAAAGAAGUAUUACAUAUCAGUAUAUUUUUGCCAUGAAGAAGCGAUAGCUCAUCGCAGCGUUGUUACACAAACAGAAAUUUUUGUGUCAGCGGUUCAGUUUUAAAGUAAGAAUUAAGUUUCUUUUUAGUUUCCAGGAUUACAAUAGAGUGAAUUAUUGAAGCUUCAGCACUGACUUGAGUAAAGUGAAAAUGAACACAGCUGUUUGCAGAUGUUUGAUUUUCUUGGACGUGUUAUGCUUCAUCUUCCCUUUGUUCCCUCUCCUCUCUUUUUGUCUCCAGAAUGAUCUGAUAGGUCAGAGUCUGUUCGACUACCUUCACCCCAAGGACAUAGCCAAGGUUAAGGAGCAGCUGUCUUCUUCUGACACAGCCCCACGAGAAAGGCUCAUUGAUGCAAAAAGUAUGAAAAUACUCCUUAUUAUCAUCGCCCUGUAGAGUCUGGAGUCUGGCUGAUAUUGACCUCUUGUGUUUUCUUCAUCUGCUGCUACCAGCAAUCUCGAGGCUUUCUCCUGACAUCAGCCUCAAUAUUUUCACUUGAUAUCAGCUUCUGGCUCUGUAGAUUGAAUUGGGUUGUUUUAAAACUUCAAAUAUAUAUAUGCUACAGCUUUCACAAGACAUUAGUAGGGUAUUCUAUCUUUGACACAACAAUAAUUUGAUAGAGUGCAAUAAUGAAGUUCAUACCCCCAAAACAGAGGUGUGUUUUGUUGUUUAUCUGAAUCAAAUGGGCUUUAAGUCACUAUAUUUGCUGGAACAGUAUGUGUUCAUAUUGAGAGAUUCAAAUGAAUUUGCCUUUGGGGACAAAUAGGGCUGGGCGAUAAAACGUUGCUGAUAUAUAUAUAAAAAAAUUAUUUAACUCCAUAUCAGUAUAAAACAUGGUCAAUAUGCUUUGGGAUAGUCAAAGUUUCCCUGGGUCGCGCCUCGCUGAACCAAUCGUGCUGAAUCAGAACCAAGUAGCAAACUACUGUGUAGUAGCAGGCUGCAGUUACACGCAACCAUAGCACUUUAACACGUGAAGCCGACAGCUCUGUUAGUGAGAAAAAAAGAAAAUGAGUGCUACCCAUGACAGAAAUGCAGAUGAAGGCUCAACAGACUAUUACAUCAUUGACAACACUGGCACGAAAACGUUGGUGUUGUGGAGGUAUUUUGGUUUAUUGCAGUCAGACAUGAAGCAGAGUAAUGAGCACUGCAAAUUAUUGUCGAGUACAUGUUGAAAUUUAUUUAAGAGUAACAGGAAACAUUUAAGAUUGACAGGGGAUUUUUUUUAUAUAUAUCGUGAUACAUAUCCAUAUCGACUGAUAUGAAAAAGAUAUAUUGUGAUUAACUUUUUUCCACAUUGCCCAGCCCUAGGACAAACAAAGUUCUUGUAUUGUACCUGUUUAAAAGGGACACAGUAGGGACACAGCAGUCAAAUACAUUUCUGAACUGAGAAAUGCUGCUGUUAUAAAUAUGUUAAAGGGUUAGUGGGUUAAGAGGUUUCAUUUUUUAGUUGCUGGUAUUGUUCUAAAGGGUCUGACUGGACACAAAUUAAACAUAACAGACAAUUGAACAUUACUUCUGGGACUUUCUCUGAGUGUUUAAGUGUUUGUGUUUGUGUACUUGCAGCUGGUCUUCCAGUGAAAACAGACAUCACCCCGGGUCCUUCUCGGCUGUGCUCCGGAGCUAGACGGUCGUUUUUCUGCAGGAUGAAGUGUAACAGGCCCUCUGUCAAAGUAGAGGAUAAAGACUUUCCUUCCACAUGCUCAAAGAAAAAAGGUACAGCUCCCCUGAAACAGGAAAAAACCCUUUCAAUAGAAGUCACCUAUGAUCUUGAUUUUGCCUCUACAAGCAGCGUGGAUGAAGAAGCAGCUUUGUGCUGUGCAAAACACAUCAGUUUCCAUCUUUUAGUGCCAGCAAGAGAAACUUUACGAUCAGCCUGUACCUCAAGUACUCACAGCUCUUUCCUGCGUCUCUUUCAUACGAGCAAAAUCCCCAGUUUCCUGAUUUUCCUCUGUUUCUAUUUUUAGAGGCACAUCCUUUUUAAAAGCAGGAAUCACACCUCAGAAGGCAUGAGAGCAUGUCAGUUACACAACCUAGGAAGUUUGCCUCUUUAAGUGCAUAAAUUAUGUUACUUAUCCAACCAGAGCAGCCUGUCAGAAGUCGACUCUUGAUGCAAUACCACUCGCACUGGCACGCCACAGCAGUGAGUUCAACAUCUGAAGUUGUUUAAUCUGACAGCAGAAGAAGAGUUGAUUUGUGGUCAUUAGUUUCACCCACUUUUUGAAAAAGGUCUGCUUGAAGCUCAGCUUUAGUACCAUACAUUUGAUCCUUUUUUUCAUCCUGCUGUACUAUUCUUGAACUUUUUCUGAGGUGCUGGUUGUUGUAGCAAAUCUCACCAUCCUGCAUUGUUUGCAUAUCACGAAGACAGUGUCUGCUUUUGCUGCCGAAACACGUCAUUGUGGAUUCAGCCUUUUUUGAAUGUCUUGAUGCACUCAUCUUCUUUCUUUUUGGCUCUUUGCGUCAUACAUCCUGCACCGGCCUGAGAGCAGAUGAAACAUAUGGCUGGCUGCUUUGCUCUGUUAGUCACUCAUGGAGGGGAAUUGGAGUGUAAACUAAGUGUCUUUAUAGUGAGGAGAACAUUUACAGGUCAUUCAAGCACAGCCACGCAACACCGAUGGCCUGCUUAAGCAUUUCUGUUGAAUUUUUUAGUGCUUUCAGCUUAAUAUUUUAUCCAGACAAACUUUCCCCCUGAUCUUGUACAUUGUCUCUCACAAUGGGGACAAAAACUGUCGUUUUUUUUAAACCUCUCCAAGGCCAGUGGUGAUAUCUUGAUGUGAUCAUUUAGUGUGGAGUCUGACUUCAGUGUGGUUGUCCUGGCUACUAAAAGAGCAAGAAGUGUCGUAAAGGAAAGACUAAUAAUUGGUGGUAGCACCCAGAAUAUUUCUUUUAAAGGGUCGAGUCAGGAAAGUCAGACGCACAAGGAUCAUAGUUACGCUGCCAUUUGGACACUAACACUGACCCAGCAGAGUCACUGUUGUUGUGUGAUGCAGACACCUGAGAGUUGGUGCUGAAUGUCGUCACUCUCUGUGAUAGAUUAGUGAUAGUAGCUUAAAAGGUUGCUUGUGCAUGUGAAAUAACCUGAAUCCCUUUGUGUGCUAAUCUAACUGCGGGCACUUAGAGCAGUUUUUUAGUAAUUUGUUAAAUAUAAGAAAUGUCAAAGGUGUCACAUGAUAUAUCUUUUGGUCAUAUUUGAAUUUAAAUAAAUUCACAGUUUAUUUGAAGUUUAACACUUUUUUCACAAUUUCUUAAUUGAUUUUCCAUUUUAAUGAACAUACAUUCAUACACAUAACAAUAAUAUAACAAACAAAAACGGAAACAGAAACCCUUCUAACCCACCCUUAUCCCACCCACAAUAAGAUCUAGGGUAAAUGAAGUUUUGAGAAUAAUGUUAAAAUGUGCAUUACAUAUUUAGCCUGCAUACAUUUCAGUGAACAUCAAUAUUCACAGAAACAUGUAUCCAGUACAACAUAGGUCCAUAAUUCGGUCGUCCUCUUUAUCUUUAUUUCUACUUCACGGUACUAAUACUCCAGCCAUGGAAACACCAUUGAGCCAUUUUAAGGUUCUAAAGGUGGUGCCAACAGAUCUUGUCCAGUUCUAGGUUGCACAUUCAGGCUAUUCAUGAAGGUUCGGAAAGACAACCACAUUCUGUUAAAGUCCUCAACUUUUCCUCUUGCCAUGUGUGUCAGUGUUUCCAGUACCAAAUUAGAUGACAGCUCUGUGAUCCAUUGGCCCGCGGAAGGUCCUCCCUGGAUCUCCUUCCAUUUUAAAGCAAUCACACGUUUAGCUUGCAACAGACAGAAAUGAAUCAGUUAACGUUUUUUUAAAGUCACUGGGAAAUUCUCAGGAUAUAUGUGCAACAAACAUUGAAGUUUAACACUUCAACGUUUUUCACGUGUGAUCACAUUUAAUAAGUCACAUCAAAAAUCCUUGGGCAUAACAGAAAAGUUAUUGGCAGAGAUGGGAAUUGUGGAGUCACCAAGUCAUCUCCAUGCCAUGUAUUUGUUCUGCUCAGUUGAUGAACCAGGUGCCUUCACUAAUGAGCUCACCUUCCUGGCUGUUAAUUGGAAGAAGCUGGUUCAGUGACAGAGCAGAACAAGUACAUGGCACGGAGAUGACUUGGUGACUUCACAACUCCCAUCUCUGGUUAUUGGUCAGUCAUAGUUGGUUUUCUAAUGAUGAAGCAGAAACCUGUAUGAUUCAGUGUACUGAGCUGUGAAAAUUUCCCAUUAUCCACACAGCAUGGGAGCAGCACCCCACUAAGAUGCCUCCAGUCAGCCUUCAAUAUAAGCCCUGACAGAUCCCUCUCACUCACUCCUUUCCUUUUGUCUUUACAGCAGACCGUAAGAGCUUCUGCACCAUUCACAGCACCGGCUACCUAAAGAGCUGGCCGCCCACAAAGAUGGGUCUUGAUGAGGACAAUGAGCCUGAUAACGAAGGCUGCAACCUGAGCUGCCUGGUAGCCAUUGGCCGCCUGCAUCCACACAUCGUUCCCCAACCCAGCCUGGCAGACAUCAGGGUGAAGCCGACAGAGUACGUCUCCCGGCACGCCAUAGACGGCAAAUUUGUCUUCGUGGACCAGAGGUGAGUCUUAAACUAGAGGAGCAGGCAUGGAACCGGGUAGCAGCUUUGACCUACUGAACUUUGAUUUUUUGUUCUUAUAAUAAGCAAUAUACAGACCCAACACAUUCAAAGUCCGAGACAGCUAGACGUAUCUCCGUUCUUCAUUUCCAAAUUGCAGUGUAUAUUUGUGUGGUAAACAUGUUCUCUGGGCAAAACACUAUAAAGUACAGAAGAGAAAAGACCACAGUGAUCUCUGCAGGAGUUGACAUAAGUGGAUCUGGCUUUGUAGUGUACGUAAGCACUUAAAUACAAGGCAGAAAAUAAGAAGGUUCUCUGAGGUGAACUGGCUGUGGAGAAAAAAAAACACAAGUGGGUCAUUCCACGUCAAUUCAACCAAGAAUCUCCACUCACUUCACAGAUUUUGAUGAAAUUUGGUGGAGUGAUUGGCCUUCAGGAGAAACUGUCAGAGCUCAAAUAUUUUUGUUCAAAGCCAUCUAAUAAGCUUACGAAUUUUUGGGUAAUUAGCAUGACAUGCGUUACAAAAGUGUUCAUAUCUCUGGAAGUAUGGCACCUAGAGAGCUGAUUCAGGUGUCAUUUCAAAGCUCUCUUCAAGUUAUAUCUUUUUGUUCAUAACAUUUUUUCCCAAAUUCGACCAGAAAAAAAUUAUAAAAGACCAAAAACUUAAAUUGGAAAUAGCAAAAAACGCCCUUCCUUCAAUUUUCUUCAUAUUCACACUAAAGACUAUCAGUUUCAGGAUGGGCAUUCCAUAACUUUUUGAGUAAUCAGUCAAAUUGUGUGGUACGUUAGGUGGAAAAUCGCUGUAUUUGGCACAUUAUACAGUCCUGACCUCAUCUGGAGUCAGCCCCACUUGCCUGCUUGUGUAAAAUAUUACUUCCUCAUAGUGCAAAAUGCUUUUUUUGAGUUUUUUCAUUUGUAUGUUAUCCCAUAUUUAUAUGAAAAAUGGCUAGAAUAGCUUAUUUUUGCUCAGUUUUCCAUCACAUUUCAUUUCUAUUUGCACCUAUUUCCAGAAUAUGAAUGAUCUUAGCUUCAUGGGAGAAUCAUUUGGACAUACCUGCAUGUCCUGGAUCCUAGGGUUGACAAAGAACUUCUACCUAUGCACCCUGAAAUUUUGUUGCUGGUUUCCCUGUGAAGUAUUCCAGGCUAUUUAUCCUGAGCCCUUUCAACGUUUCCUUUAUACUUCAAAAGUACUUUAAGCAUGGUGAUCAAGCUCCACUGAUCAAGCAGAUCAGUGGAUGGAGGACCUAUUUUUUUGUGUGGAUCCAGUGUCCAGCAGCUUUGACGACUUUGCUUUGUCUGUCUCUGUGUUCUUCCAGAGCUACAGCCAUUCUCGCCUACCUGCCCCAGGAGCUGCUGGGAACCUCCUUCUAUGAGUAUUUCCACCAGGACGACAUCGGCCACCUGGCAGAGUGCCACAGACAAGGUACUUGCUGACAGAUGGACACACAAUACUACCACACCAAAUCAAAAAUGGGAUGUUUUGAAAAAUGUUGUAAAUCUUAUUUUUAAAAAUAAUGCUGGGACAACAUAUACAGCUUUAAUUUUGAAAAUGAUAUUGCUCUAUGAAAAAAAAUUGCUGAUUAUUCACUGUCAGCUAGAGAUUUCAAAUUUGUCUGGAUGGGAAUGUUUGCCGUCGUGUUGCAUCAGCUCAUUUUUUAAAAACACCUUGUGAACACCUGGGGGAACCGAGGUGGGGGGGUGGUGGGGUUCUGGAGUUGGGGAGGUAAAAUGCUGUUCCAUUCUUGUCCAAUACAAAAUUUUAGCUGCUCAACAGUUUGGGGUCUCCUUUUUUGUUUAGUUUUUUUUUGUUUGUUUUUGAUGAUGAAAUGUUUUGAAUAGGUUAGAAAUCAGGACUGCAGACAGGUCAGUUAAGAACCAGGAGUCUUUACCAUAGUCUAGCUAGAAAUACACAAGGUCUUCCCUGAUAAAGCCUUUAUUCAGUUAAGGUCUAAAAUCUCGAUCUGGUGUGGAUGGCAGCAUACCGUACAUUGCAUAUAUUUUUUGGCACUAUUGGUGCCAUUCCAGAUGUGUAUAUUAAACAGGCCAUGAGCGUUUAUGCAUCCACAUACCACCACUGAUGCUGGCUUUUGAUCUAUGCACUGAUGACAGGCUAGGUGGUGAUGUCCAUAAUUUAUAAAUAAUCAUUAUGAUAAAAAUAAUAAUAGCCAUGACCUAUUUUAUACAGAGAUUUCCCCAACUUUUAAAAAUUUGACGCUACAGGGCAGAGGCCCAUUCGUGUUAAAUAAUAAUGCAUCAGAUUUUAUAGCACUUUUCGUCAGUGACCUCAGAGUGCUUUAUUUUGGAUACAUCAUUCAUUCACUCACACAGUCACACCUUGGUGGUGGUAAACUACCUCACCGCUGCACUGGGGCAGACUGACGGAAACGUGGCUGCCAGUUUGCGCCUAUGGCCACUCUGACCACCACCACAUAACACUCACUAUCAUACACCAGUGGAGCACACAGAGUGGGAGAAAGGUGGGUUAAGUGUCUUGCCCAAGGACACAAUGGACAGACUAGGGAUAGGGCAGGAUUCGACCCGCCAAUCUUUCGGUUAUUGGCCAACCACUUGACCUCCUGAGCUACUGCCGCCCACUGCUGUUUGUAACCUGUGGCAGAUAGACUUAAUUGUUCUUACAGGUGUUUUUUAGCAUUAUACAACUUUUUCAGUGUUAUGUCAUCUCUAUCCUAAUUGUUCAUAAAAGUUGACUGGCAUCAAAUUUGAAAUGAGCAUAUAUUGGUCAUAAAACACCAUAAAUCUGUUUAUCAUUUCAUGUGUUUUCUUUUCUUUAACUUCAGUUAGUUUUAGGGUUUAAAUUUGAACACUGAUGAUUUGAACACAAUCAUUGAGCACAGUGUGUCCCAGCUGUUUACUUUUAUGGUUGUACUGUUAGUGGUGACUAAACUCAACAAAAGAGUAGUGAAUGAGUACGUGUUUUCACACACUGUGUUGAUGUGUCGGUCCACAGUGCUGCAGAUGAGAGAGAAGAUUAACACCAACUGUUACAAGUUUAAAAUCAAAGAUGGCUCCUUCAUCACACUGAGGAGUCGAUGGUUCAGCUUCAUGAACCCCUGGACCAAGGAGGUGGAGUACAUCGUCUCCACUAACACCGUUGUGUCGUAAGUUGCUGUGGACCAUCACCCUUGAAACACUGAUGACACUCAGAUUUGAAAGGCCAGAGCAUUUCACAUGUGUGUGUUUUCAUCUCCAGGUGUCCGAUGAUAGACGGAUCAGAUUAUCCUCAAUCUGCUGCCUCACCACAAAGCAUGGACAGUGUUCUCACUUCAGAGGGUGAGUAGGCACACUGCUCCUUUUAAAUAAUGCUUAUCUAAGACAAAAGCUGACAAGAUCCCUGUUCUUAUUUUGUUGUGAUUGGCAGGUGGAGGAAGGCGAGCACUGCAGACAGUGCCUGGCAUCCCUGGUGGAACAAGAGCAGGGGCUGGCAAGAUUGGACGCAUGAUCGCAGAGGAAGUGAUGGAAAUCCAGAGGUUGGUUGAGAUUAAGUCCAUGUAUCUAUAUCCCAAAAAUUAUCCUAGACUGGACUGGGCUCGACAUUUUUACCAUUUCAGAAUUUCUGUGUUAAAUCAUUUUAUGAGACAAUGAAAUGAAAAAAAAAAAAAACCCAUGAGCAGUUGACAGUUUAUGAAAGGACAGUGUGUUUCCAUGGCAGGCUCUCUGGCUCAGUUUUGAAGCCUUCAGGCAAACACUGACUCAGACUGCUGCUGUAGUGCCAAAAUUACACCAAUUGUCUUCACAGAGCAAUUGAAUAUCUACUCAUCGUCAUGGCAACACUAAGAAAUUUCUGUACAUGAAUUAAUUAAAGGGAUCAGAAAUUUUUUUUUUUAAAACCUCUUUCCAAGCCAGUAUGAAAGAGUAACUUAUAGCUACUGACUGAGGACGCAUGUAUUCCUGAGUCAUGACAAGCCUUCAUCUCUCUUUGUCAGGAUUCGAGGAUCCUCUCCCUCCAGCUGUGGCUCCAGUCCUCUGAACAUCACCAGCACCCCACCACCUGACACCUGCUCUCCAGGCGGCAAGAAGGUAAAAUGCGUGCACACACACACACACUCCUUCAUCCUCAUAGGGUUACCUUCAAUACUCAUUCAAUCUGAAUUCCUUCUAUCUGGCUGAAGUUUUAGUAGUUUCAUGUUAUCGUUAGUCUCCCUCUGUUAACUGUAGAGGUUCCCCUUUACAGUGCCUUUAUACUUACACAUUGCACCGUGGAACAGCAUCAUAUUAGUGCCCCAAUAUUUGAGAAGGGCUGUUUCUUCAGUGUGCUGUCAGUUGUUUGGUAUGACGACUUGUCACACCAAACUUGUAUCAUAAGCAACAUGUCAGUACAACCAUCAGCUCUUUAGUCAAGUGUAACAAUGAGAGUGGAAAAAAAGACUGGAUGGAGCUGCCUCGCUCUGUUUAAAAGCACUAAGACACACCUACAAGAUCCUCUCACUCAGCAAGCUAUAGCUUCUUCAGUUCAUCUCUAUAAACAGCCAAAGAGAUUAAGGAACAUGUCUUCUAAGAGUUUGGUGCUGGACUAUUUUUAUGACCUGGUGCUUAGACAGCCUUGAGUCUUGUCCUCACUGUGAUGUUGCCAGGCAACAAGCUAAAACUUUAGGAAGUGGCUUUGGCGGUGAAUAGGCAACCCUUGAACAACCUGAUGUCUCAUCCUGCAUUUUAAGUCAAUUGUUAUGGUUUUUUUUUAAUAUUCUAAGCAGUUUCUGCCUCUAUGUUCAGUUUUUUGAAAACUACCAGAUGACACGAGGACCAGUUUAGUCAAAGGCAGAGACAAAUGAGAUGUGUUUACACCGAACACUGUGAGGUGUUCCUCCUAUAUGUUUAUUGAAACAAGUUCUAAGUAGAAACUGAUCUGUGUUCACUGUAAACUGAGAGCUGUGUUUAUGUGUGUCAUGUCACAGAUUCAGAAUGGAGGGACACCUGAGCUGCCCAGUACUGGGAUCAUUCCCGGACCAGAUUCUGUAGGCUACCCCUACUCCAACCAGUCCAUCAUGAGUGAGUCAGACACAAACAAACACACAAAGAGCACACACACUCAUUCACAACUUAGAGUCAACAUGAGCACUUUUCUAUCUUCAAACCUUUUUCUCCUCACAACUCUGUCCAGGUGAUAACUCCCACCUGAGCAUAGACAUCAUGGAUGAGCCUGGUUCCAGCAGCCCCAGUAAUGAUGAGGCAGCCAUGGCGGUCAUCAUGUCCCUGCUGGAGGCCGACGCUGGCUUGGGUGGCCCCGUGGACUUCAGCGACCUGCCCUGGCCUUUGUGAGAAAGCUGGAAGGGAAGAAGCAGAGGAGGACUGCCUCUGAGCACCAGAGCCACUGAUGGACAGAUAUCUCAGUCAGGUUGGAUCUGGCUGUUUCUUGCUCUUUGCACACAACUACACUGCAAAAUCCCCCCCCCCCCCCCCCCCUCAACAAAAGAGUUGUCCAAUUGAAAUAGCUGAUAAGAACCACAGAAGAAGGGUGUUGGUGAUCUCAGUUCUGGUGACUCAUCCUGCUGAUAGGAAUUCACCCCAGCUUUUUGAUUCAUCAUUCCCUGUGGGUGGACAAGUGACCCCAAAUGUCAUCCAGGUAAACAGCAGUACUUCACCAGAGGUGAUGACCUUUUCUUUUGCAGUGUCAGUUGCAUGCAGACAAGAUGUUCCCUAACAUUGCCACGCUGACUGACCAUUACUUUUAAUAAUAGUCCAGCGAGUUCAAGGAUCAGGGUGCUAAUGUGCCUGCUGAUGAAUUGAACCCUGUCUAACAGUGGCUCUGGGCCCAUUCAUCGCCAGGUCAACAGCCAACCCACAAAACCAACGCAAGACUCCAGAGACUUUCACAGACGGGGUUGAAGGCUGAUGAGUGGAGUGAUUUCUGCCCCCCCCCCCCGCCACAAACCUCUUAACAUCUCGAACUUGAGACAAGUCUCAUCAUAGGAAGCCAAUGCCGUAGUACUAACACGGUUGUGGAGCACUCCUCAGAAUCAGCUGUUCUCCCCAGCUGAUCUUCAACAGGAGGAAGGAGCACACAGCAGUUAUCCUCUGCAGAUCUGCUUGUAAGGUUCUUACCAGUUCUUACUUCCCAAGCCACACAAUUCCAAAAAAACCUGAAGUUCAGUACCUUCAAAUAAUAGAAAAUCUCUUGUGCAAAAAGCCACCUAGCUGCUGUUUUAUCGACUAACAUACACGUUCAAAACUUUCUCUAACUCACUCUAAAGCUCGUCCUCAGAAAAUAUUUUCCCAGAAGAAUAGCGAUGAGUCUGUAUUUUUCCUGAGUGUGAUACACAGUUUUCAAGCCGAACUCUCCGUCAAAUCGCCUGAAGUAUAUUCUGUAAGUUGUGAUGCCUAAAGCUGUUCAGAAAAAUAAUACCCAUAAAGCUCUCAGUGUUGCAGCCAGUGACUCAUAUGACCCUUGAGUAAAGAUCUUCACAAGUCCAAGUCCAGAGUUUCUGCAGGAGUCAAGCAAUCCAUAUUACAGUUUAUCAAGAAAAUGUUCAAAUUGUGAUGCGUGAUAGUGAAUAAUUCAUAGAAUUGUACGAAUCCAAAACCGGAUUUGAACACAAAAAACACAAUUUUUACUCUAUUUUAUUUAUUUUUUAUUUCUUGCUGAUGACGCACACUCUUGGUGUAGGAAAUGAAAGGAGUUUUCGACAAGAAAAAGUCAAACCAAGUUUGGAUUUUCAAACAGCACUGAGACAAAAAAAAGUUCCCAAUCCUAAUUAUUGUCAAGUUUCAUGUCAGUUCAGAACACUUUGGUUAUUUGAUUUCCUUCAAAACAUGAAGCUCACGUUUUAAAAUGAGUGAAAUUACUGGGAGGAAAAAAAAGCAACAAAUCUGUCAAAAGUGUUUUUUGUUUUUACAAAGUAGUGUGGCCAUAAUAACAGUGAGCGGCUCUGUGGAAGCACAUCAUAAAAACAAGUGUACCAUUAUUUCACUGAACGUGACACUUCACACAGUAUCUUUGCUGUAUGAUUCAAAUGGAACUGGUCAACUCUUUUGGUCUCAGCUCUGUGAGGUGCUGCCUUCAGAUGGAAUUUAUGUGCAAGUAAUGCAUGAGGUGGAAGGACACUAUGACAGAGGAACAUUUGAAGCUGUUCCUACAUGAACACUUCAGAAAAAUCUUGAAUACGACGCCAACGCCAUGGUCCAUGAAUCUAAAGUUCAGUGAAAAUGUCCUUUAAUAUGAUUUCUGAAACCUGUGAGCUUAAACUGCCACUCAUAAGGCUGCAGAUAUGAUGAGCGGGGCUUUCAUACAGAUAUUCUUUUCAUGCAGCAACAGCCUACAGCCCCCAGAAGGACGGAUGGGUAAAUGCAAACUCCAAGCUCUACAGAUCCAUGAUUGUUAAAUUCCCUCAGAAGUCAGAACACGUCUGAAAGUCAGCCUGCUCAGAUCCUCUGAAGGCAGCACAUCCAACACCAUUACACUGACUAUGAUUUCAGUGAUAUGAAACAUCUGGAACAGUAAAGACCUCUACUGCUUUGUUCUCCAGUGUGUUACGCACUGUUAUCUAGCACUCAGCAGAGGUGGAGAGAAACCCUGUCAUUUGAAACAACCAAGAAUCAGACUUGAAUUGGGAAAAGGAGGCUAAUUGAAUCUGGUGGGAGCAGUAGCUCAGUGUGCAGGUGUGUGCUUGUGGCUGUAACGGUGUGCUUAGUGUCUCUCUGUAGACGUAUGCCGAUCUCUAUAGAGAGCUCUUCAACUUCAAACAAAGACAAAUCAAGUUCCUCACUGCCAAUAAACUGCGGUCUGCACAGGGCUUUCUACGAGUUAACACAGUCCGCAGGUAAAUUAGCAUCAGCCGGCUAAAAGACAAGACCUGGUAGUCCGGGUCACAGGGUCUCUACCUGCUCAUCUUCCCUUGAUGCCAAUCGCUACAUGAAGCACUUAGAAUGCAGUUGGACUGUUGGUCCACAAACCCUAGUCACUCAAUAGGGAGGCUGACUCCGGGUCAGCACAUGUCCUGAGAAAGCUUUUUUUUUUUUGCCUUUGUGAUAUGAAUACUUAAAAAUGGACCUAACAUUAGAACCUGGGCUUGGAUUUAAUAAGGCGGAAAGAAAGCCCUUUAGAAACUAAGGGGUUCUAUGAAGUCUAAGAAAAGAAAAUAUCAUGAAGAGUUGUUUAUUUCUAAAACUGAACCUACAGUUUCUCUUCAAUUUGGUCUGUUUAGCACUUGAUUAUAAACAGCUGUUCACCUAACAGUCCAAACAAACUACCAGAGAGGGCUUUUAUGUAGGGGGUGAGUAUAGAAACAGAUACAUGUCAUAGGCAACAGUGAUCAAGCAGACCAGGACACAGAGCUGGUUGACUUUCUCUUAUCAUGUCAUGUGACAGUAAACAGGGUCAGGAGGGACAGCCGGGAGCUAUGAAUGGAAUCUUUCAUUUCAAUGUCCGAUUUUUCCUCCUUGAUUAUAAUUCUCCUCAACACAACCUCUUCACCUCACCAGCUGUCUGCCUCGCACCAACUUUUGAGUGUUGUCAGAGCGAUUAAAGAAGUCCUGCUGCCUGUAUGGAAGGAACAUUCAUUGACUAUUCAUUUAAUUUCUGGGAAUUCUUGUGUAAAAAUAAUUUAUCCAAUGAAAAGAACAUUUAAAAUGUCUAUAUUGUGUGUGAAAAAAAAAAAUAUAUAUAUAUAGACAAGAUAUAUGUGUAUACGUAUAUGUAUGCAUAUACAUAUAUGUUUGUAUAUAUAUAUGUAUAAACUGUAUAACAGAUCAUGUUUGUAUAAUAUCUAAAAAUAUAGAAAAAGAAGGGAAAAUGUUAAGAGGGCUAUACAUUUAUAAAUAUCUCUUCCAAUUGACCAACCUUUGGUAAUCACUAAAGGAGGUCCUGAAAUAUGUUUGUUAGUUCAUUUAACAUGAGGAGUCUAAUGAAACACACUUGUUUCUCUCUAUAUAAGCUAAUUUUAAAAGUUCUCAAAAACGCUCUCAAGAACCUGGUGAAACCACACUCAUGGUUGUUCUGAAUGUAUUUCCACAGCCUUCCAGACUGAUCGAAGUGUCAGGAUCAGUUUCAACCAAAAAGACAUAGACUCCCAGCCUGUUUGUAAAGUAAAAGACAGAAAUAUUGUGAUUUUCUCAAAUUUAAUUGUGAAGUUUAAAAGUUUGGGUCAGUUUGAGACAACUUCUGCUUUUAUCCUAGCUGGUUAAAAGUAGGUCAGCGUGUUCUCCUUGAUUUUUUUUUCUCACAGAAAUGUCAUGAGGGAUUAGUCUGAUACAAUCCCAAUGUUCUGAUAUAUGAUAAGAAAUGUCAGGGUCAAUGCCAGCAUCGAGGUGUUUCAUCAUAGCUCACAGCUUUCUAGCUCCCAUGUCAAAAAUCAGUCAAAUCUGCAGUACCUGUUAGAAACAUUUGAGAUUUUUAUGUUUGACAAAAUUAACGCAUAGUUUUUUUAUGUUUUAGUAAAGCAGUAGAAUUGAUUGGAUCAGGUCUGAUUGGCAACCUGGGAAACUUGUUAAAUUGUUUUUUUUCUUCUUCUUUUUAGACAGUAUAUGUUAAAAUAAAAAAACAUCCGGAUCUUGAUGGCCUGUAUCUAAUGUUUAUUUAGAGAAGACAAAAACUGUGUACACAUUUUCUUUCCAUAUGGGCAGAAAGUUUUUUUUUUUUAAAUCUCUGUAAAAUAUUCAUCUCCAAAUGUUAGGCGUCGGAUUGGGGAUGCAGCUCUGUCAGUGUACACAAUUGGAUUGAAUCAGGGUUGUUGACAUAACAAAACUAGCCAAGCUCAUACUCAGCACUUUUCUGUCCUCCUCAAAUCAGGCAGCAGCUGGUGAGGUGUCCUCUGUCUCAGUUUUAGUGGUUUUCUGUUUCAAUGUUUUAACGCUUCACACUACAAUAAAGUGUACCCCUGUUGAUAUACCCCUCCCCACCUGACAAUAAUGUAUCAAAUCUUUAAAUAUUAUCAUGUUAAGAGUAUACUUUAUGCAAAUAUAUAUGAGUAUGAUGAGUGUAUUGUAUGUAUCAGCAGUGAAAUAUUUUUAAAAUAAAAUUAUUUGUUUCUGUCAAAGCAUUGUGCUGCUUCGUUGUGUCCUUGUUUGUCCCUUCGAUAGAUCUGUUUCAUGGGAUAUUUUCUUCAGUGGGUUUACUCAUGACUCUAGCUUACACCUGAUCUGUUCUCGCAACCAAUCACUGCAGCCUGGUGGUAUUUUUAAAUAAUGUUGCCAUCCAGCUGAUGGAAGGGUCUGCACACUCACACACACAGAAAGAAAGGCUGAAGGAACAGUCGGCCCAGCUUCAACCUGUUUCUUUCUUCACCAGGCAGGUGAGUAUGGAUUCAGGACUGAUGUGAUUCUGCGAUGUACAUUAAGGUGUGCAGAUGCUUAAAGGUUCAGACAACUUUUUUAUGAAGGAGAACACUUCUGCUGGUUUAGCCUCUUUGAAACCCUGUAUGCUUUGAUUCUGUGGCCUAAAAAAGUUCUGUAAAGCAUGAGCUUCUACUUUGAACUAAUGCAUUAAAUAAUCAUAGUCACUGUGGAGGCAGCUCAUGCAUAUUUGAUUUCUCAUCUCCAUUCCUUCCCUGAGUCAGGUCAUCACAAGCUAUUGAACAUUCCUUCCAUCUGGUGCCAAACCAUCAGAAAACCUCCCAUCCUAGCUCCAGAGUUUACACCCUAACAAUUUCAUCCUCCAGUUCUGUCUCAUCGGUGAGGUCUACUUCAAAACACCGGAUUUAAGUUUUUCUUAUAUUUCCUGUCCAAGACUAAGGGUAGCCCCCCUUUCUGCAUGCAUGGAUCCACUCAUAGUUUUGUUUGAUGCUGACCCAUUUUUGACUGACAGUCCUGUCUUCUGCCAUGAUGUACUGACAGCUCAGGUGAUGCUGCAGCAGCCUGAGUCAAAAUGAUCUGGAUUUAAAGCCAGAGAUAAAUGGAUUCACUUAGAUCAGAUCAUUGUCGACAUCAUCUGAACCCAAAUGAUCUAUCACUCAUAAAAUCCUCUUUCCUGCACAUGAUCAGGUCCGUUCCAGGCUCGUGUCGGCUGUAUUUUUGAUCAAAAGGAUUGUGUUUGAUUGUGUUUAUUUGUUUAUUUUUAAACUCCAGGGUUCCUCAACCGCUACAAGAAAGUAUUCAACCCUCGUUAUUUAAUCAAAUAAGGAAGUCAGUCUUUGAAGACAAGUGUUGUGAAAGUCGUUUAAUUUAAAAAACAAAAAAAACUUUGUGUUGAACAUAUAAUCUGACAUCUGUCACCCUGUGUGCUCACAGCAAUGGUGAUGAUGACUGUGCAGAGUUUUUCCUUGUGGGUCAGCAACAGGCAAACAAGUACAAGCAUCAACUCUCAAUGUAAACCAGGGCCCAAAUAAAGUGGCUAAAAAAACAAAAAGGAGUGGAACUUUGUUCUUAAAGCUCCUGUGGGGAACUUUCUCUAUUGAUUUUGGCGCCCCCUGCGGACCAAGUGUUGACCUUUGUAUUGUUGCUGAUUUUGCCUUGCCUUGACUGUUCAUAUUUGCUAAAGAAAGGUAGCAAAAGCUGUCUCUCCAGCCUGGCUUACCCCCUCACAGAAGCUACAGGCAUUGAAAGUUACACUUAACAAAUCUUCAAUCCUGUCUUUAACGGUCUCAUUUGAUUUUCUUCAUCGCAGAGAUGCAUCACUGGUCAUUUCAGUCUGUUUUAUUACCUAUCAAAAACUCCUCACAGGACCUUUAAAAGAAGUGUGGAGUAAAAAAACAAAAACCCUUCUAUCAAGAACUUAACAUUGGCUGGAAAAGUUGGAUUCCCACUGAAAACCUCCAAUCUAGCCCCAGAAAAGACAGACAGAGGCACUGAAAUCCACUUUUCAAGUGAGGUACAGCAUAAGGAGCGCACACGCACACAUACAUACACUUCCUUAUAUGUACACAUCACUCUGUCUUUUCACAUAGAGAGUUUAACUGGAGUCUCCUUUGGUCAGAUUCAUACAAAAGGUGGAGGGAGGUGUGGGUGGAGGCCUGCAGAUGUGCUUCAUGCGUCCUUGGCUGCCGACCUGUUGGCGCUCCUUCAGACCGUGUUGACUGAGAGAGGCUGCAGCAGUGGUGCAACAGAAGGCAAAGUGGUGUUUUGCCACUGAAGAGCAGGAGCUGGGGGAAAUCUAAUCUGCAUUCACACUGAAAGCAACAUGUGAUAUGAGAUUCUUGAAUUCUAGCUGUUAAAGUUGAACUUGGUGUGCUUAUUGGCUGGUGAAGGCCAAUCAGGUUCCUGUGCUUCUUGGCAUCGCUAGCAGCGGUGUCACAGUUUGGUGUUUGGUUGAAAGGACAAUCAUGUCAGAGGGAUUUUUUUUGUUAUGUUUAUUUGUUUUUUAUUUGUUGGCUUUCCUUGUGUUGUGAUGGAAACAAAAUCACCUGUUACUCUGUGUGAACACAGCAGAGGGGGGAGGGGUCAGUGUGAAGCCAGUCUCAUGCAGAGGGUGAUGGUGUGUCUGGGUCUGGCUCAUAGUGGUAGGUGGCCUGAGUGUGGCUGCUGCCAAGCUGCUGCUGGCCGCGGGCAGCCUGGCUCUGACUGUCCUGAGCCUGCUGACCAGGGCCUUCAUAGCCCAGAGCUAACUGGGGGCCCGCACUGUUCUCUGCUGCCUGCCCAUACGCCAGCUGGUGGGGGUCGUUGACGCUGUGUGUGGGCUGGGACAGAUUGUCCAGCUCAUCCACCUGUGGCCCUGGAGGAUGCAUGACCACCAGCUGGUCCUGGGGGAUGUCUGCAGCAGCUGCAGCCAGGUUGGUGAUGGACUUGGACUUGACACACUGGAAGUCCACAUGGCGGCUCUUUCCUUCCUCCUUUUCCCAGGACAUGCGGAUGAAAGGGCGCUGGACAUAGUUGUAGAUGACCUCAGGACGCCCCCCUGGACGCCGCUUCACCUUUUCUUUAUAGGUCGGGUAGCCUGGGAAAAUCAAAUAAUACUUGACCAGAUGAAGAGAUUAUAACUACAGAAAUUUUGAGAUGCAUUGUAUAAAUAUCUAAACAUUUGGAAAUGUCCAUGGUUUUUGCUCUUGAUCUGGCUAAAUAAGAAGAUCGAUAUCAUGUCCAGUGUCUAGCAUUUCAGAUGCUCAUUUAAUGACACAUAAUAUUUCAUAUAAAUGAUUUUCCCAUAUAUAUAUUGGGGUUAGCUUCCACGAGGCCGGGACACAACUGUUGGUAAAUCAGCAAAAACUUUCAGUACUUGACGUUUUGUCAAGAACAUGAUAUCCAAACCCACAGUUUUAAAAGCUUUUUUGGGUCGUGUGAAAACUCUGGUUCAGCCACUACAGCAGUUAGAUGGAAAUGAUGACAUCAUCUCCAGUGUGUUCAGUUGGCACACUCCAGACGCCAAGUCAUCAGCAUUUCUUUAUAGCCAGUGAAAUAGCCUCCAUGACGAAAGAUAAUUACUGUUUGUUUUUCUGUUCUUUAGUACUUAAACUUAGAACACCCUAACCCAAAUGAUGUUUACUUCACUUCAUCUGCUGUAAAAAAAAAAAAAAAAAAAAAAGGACAAAAAAAAUGGAGGUAAAAAUCUAUAAAAAUUUAAAUUUUUUUUGUUGACAAUGCUCCCAAGUUGGUGCAAAUUCUUAUGACGUGAAAUUGAUUUUUUUAAACAAGGACCAGAGGUCAGAUUCACCUUAAAAAAAAAAAAAAAAAAACAUACAACAAAAGAUAAGAGCUGUUGAUACAGGCAGGACUCUGAUUUCAAUGUUGAAGAAGCUCGGUACCUUCUAUGCCCAGGCGGAUCUUUUUCAGUCCUCUGUCCUUCAGCACAGACUUGGCCACGUCUCUGUUCUCGAUGUACUUGAAGAAGCGGUACAGUUUGGUGCUGUAGAUGACUGUUGAGAAAGAGAAGGACAUUUAGUAGACCAAUCAACAAGAUGGCCUUCAAAAGUUUUCAUAUUGUCAAGAGAAAAAAUACACAACUCUUUCUAACUUGUAACCAUGUCUCAUUCUUUGGUUGAGGUUGAGGCACCAACACCUGACUCCUCCCAAAAGGCUGACAUAAUGCCACUAAAGCAGAGGACCUGGCUGGCUGGGUGUAACCCAGGGUUACUACAGGAUCCAGAACGGCUCCAUUCCGCUCCGCUCAGGACCAGUGGGCGGAUCAAAUACGCGAGCAUAUAGCGCCCAUGUUUCCUGUGAGACAUUUAAUGAGACCCACUGAUCGGUGUGUAUAAACACCCACAUCCCACAACCCUGGCCUCUCCUAUUACCGAGAGAACAGUAUUGACUUUCUUUUAUUUUGAAAAUCAACCAGAUAUUUUACUUUGUAGCCACAUACAACCUCCGCUGCUGCUCGUGCUGCGCUGCACUGACUUAAUGCUCCAUACUGCGGUGUCCAGCAAAAAUAGAAGCCUUGCGUAUCUGAUCCAGCUGCCGGAACCAAUCUGCAGCAGAGCCGAACAGCGGAUGGACUGUGUGGAAUCACACACAUUGAUUAUAAUGCUUGCGUAUUUGAUCCACCUGCCAUUCCAGAUCGGAGCGCAGCCGUUAUGGAUCCUGUGGGUUUUAGCCCUAACUGUUGUCCGUUCACACAUUUAGAAUAAAAAUAACUUACUCUGAGAGUAUUCUUCUCCCAUCUGUGGAGGGUACUCUUCGUCCCAGUCCACCACGUCGUCAUCAGUCAGCACCACCACAUGGCACUCUCUCUCUCCACUCUGAGCGCUGGCCACCAUCAGCGGCAGCACCAUCUCCUCCAGAUAACACUCAAACUGACGUCGGGCUCCGUCGUUGGACAGUUCGUGCAUCAGGGCACCUGUGUGGAAAUCAAAGGGACAUCUGUGAGGAAGAGGAGGAGGAGGAGGAGAAGGAGGAGGAGGGUUAAGAUGUAGGACACUGUGCUGGGUUACUGACUAUUUCAAGUGCUGGGAGGAGUUAGGCAAACAUCAUUAGGUUGACACAUUUGUUAUAUGUUAGAAAAAAUCCUUUGAUUCUUAUUAAAAACCUGAUACCUGAUAAUUAUAUUUAAAAAAACACAAUAAAAUCUUCAAAAAACAAAUAAAUGUCACAGAAUUGUAUAAAAUGUUUUGAAGGACAAUAAUGAAAAAAUGAAAUGAAAUAAUCACGAGAAAGCAAAAACAGGUCACGCAAGUGUUACUGACAACUAAAUGCUCUCAUGGGCUCAGGGCCAUAUUGUAUCUCACGCAUGUGUCUGAUUCACACGUUGGCUGAUGGCCAUUUGCUGAUUAACCAGAAGCAUAAAUGCACUGAGGGAAUGAAAGGUGAAGAUUGUCAGCAUGUAAAAAGAUCAAAAUCACAGCUGUAGAGAAAAACUGGCCUCAAAAUGUUUCGUGGAAAAACGAAAUGAAGUGGACAGAUUUUAGAUAAACACAAAGGACAAUGUGAUGAAGGAAGGAACAUCAAUUUUGUGUACGCAUCACACUUCACACCAUCUUCAGAUUGUUUGACAACCACUGAACAUGUCAUUUUUAACUUUUAAUUUAUGGAAGUAAAUCUGUGACAUCUGAUUUUAAAAUCGAAUUUUUAAAGCAGAUUUUUUUUGCAUCAAAAUCAGACUUUGAAUUUCAAAACCCUCGAAUUUCAGGCAUGCAAAUAUUUGUGUAAAAGAGACCAACUCAACCCUAUCUGGGUAACCAGGGAGAGGCAAUCGAUUGGAUUAAAUUUUCCACUUGGGUAGGUGCCACAUGCCCAAUCUAGCAUUUUUGAUUGGCUGGGUGAUGGAUGAUUGAGCCAGGAAUCGAUUGCUUUUCCCUGGUUACCCAGAUGUUAAGUCGGUCUAUUUUACAGAGUUUUUUGACACCAAAUUUUCUUUUACCCUGUUUUUUUAAGUCGAGGUACUCAAUAAAUAUUUUAAACCGUUUUUCUUUUCCACUGAAUUUAUUUCAUCAUUGUGAAAAAAAUUAGUGUCAGAAAUAAAAAUGUGUGCUUGAAAUUCAAUGGUUUUGAAAUUCAAAGACUGAUUUUGAUGCACACAAAAAAAGAAGAAAAAACUGCUUUAGAAAUUCUAAUUUAAUUUAAUUCUAAUCUAAGUUACUUUUCACAUUAAUGACAUUGUUUCACUCACUGAGUGGUUGCCUUGUCUACACACACACACACGUUUAGUUAUCACAGAUUCUGUGUUUUCAACAACUUUGAACUCAUUUAUUGUGCUCUCAAUGAAUCCUUUGUGAAGCCUAAACUUCUGCUUAGGGGAUGGAUGUGACUUGAAGAGGAAUUUACAUUGAAACAUCACAGAAAAACACUCUUGGCUUCAAGUUGCAGCAGAGAUUUGGCGUGUUCUCAGUUUUCAGUUGUCUUGUAGGUAAAGAAUUGUCAUAGAGUGUUUUUCUGUUUUGGAUUGUGGAUAGGCAUGCUGCAGAGUGAUGGUCCUCCAUGUUCUCAUCUUACAAACUUGUCACGCAGGAAUUAUAAAACCCACAUGACUCGUUCCUUAGAUGCCUGAGCUCAUUGAAUACAAGCUCCUAAGAUAGGAUCUGUUCCCACACUUGCUAAAUUUGAGACCUUGAUUGCAAGCCACCAUGUUUGAUAUAGAACCAGGUUUUAUAGAUUCUUUAGUUUCUGUGAUUGACUAAAUACAUUUGGGUUUUUUUUUUGCCUAAAGUGUGCGUGUGAUGUUGGCAACAGUGGAAAUGAGGUCAACCUCAGUGCCCUUCUGAAAGAUUUGCAAUAUUGAAUGAAUCAGUUGAAUUUAGCGAUUUGCACUGGUCCCUUCUCAACUGAAACACAGUGAAUGAGACCCAGUGGGUACCUCACCAGUCACAACCUACAGAUGAAGUCUUUGGAGCUGCUUAAAUGUCGUCAAAUUAAAUCUACAGGAAUAAUGUACUGGAGGAAAUGCACAGUAUAGAUGCACUUCUUCUUCGGUGGUUCCAUUAAUGGUACGGGGGAUUAAAAACAAUCAUGAAUUUACCAAAACAGAUUAAACCUACAAACCAAAAAAACCCUGAAAGUACAUCACGCAGGUUGAAAAACAGACCUGCUUAUCUGAGUUGGUUAUUUGUCCACGUAACAAGUAAAUCUCACAGCUAAUCAUGACCUACUUAGAACACAACACACAUACACACACACACACACACACACACACACACACUCAGCAGCAGCAGCAGCCUGUGAGCUGAAGCUCCUCCUCCCACACACUCAGAGACACAGACAAGAGGCAGCAGCAGCAGCAGGCGCAUAAUAAUAACACAGAUCGACCACUCUCACAAAUACUGAUGUGCAUCACUGACACAGUGACAUGUCUGUGGAACAGUUUGAUGUCACAGGUGCGUAAAAUAUGAUUUUGUGCGUCAAACUACUUGACUAAAACUGUCAUGAUAUCUGGUUUGUCCACUACUUUAGAAUCUAAUAGUAAGAUCAUGUGGAGCUUCAGUCAAUGCUGUGCAUGAAUUACCAAUACUGUCCCUACUAGAUCUAGAAACAGCGCAUUACAUAGGAGUAGUUUUUAAUUGUUAGGCAACAGAGUGCCCAGAUAAUGGUUUUGAAAAACAACAGGGAAAGUGUAUUCUCCCUCUGUUCCUCUCUGAUUUCAUCAAAAAUAAAAAAUCUGUGCUCCACACUCACCAAAGUCCAGAAACUACAUCAGCCUGCAGCUCCACACACUUCACACAGUCAAUGUGCAGUCUUGCGUACUCACUGAGGUCUCUGCACUUGAUGGUGCUGUAGUUGAAGGAGAUACAGAGGUAGUCACAUGCCUCCCUCAGCUCCGGAAUAGAAACGCCGUCAGGGCAGCGGAUUAUCCCUGACUUGUAGUAAUCCUGCCAUUUUCAGCAGCACACACACACAGACACACACAGAGACACAGGCAGAAUGGCGGGUGUUCACAUACACACACAAGCAUAGGAGAAAAAACAAGACGCCAUUAUUGAUGCUGCUUUGCUCACACAGCACAGGCAGCACAGAAAGAGGGAGAGGAGGGAGAGAUGGAAGUGGAAGAGGAAGGGGAGGGAUGGAGAGCGAACAGUGAUGAAAGUAAAACCAGCAGAUAUCAGAAGGAGAGAGCGAGAGAGAAAGAGGCAGAGAGGAUGGGGUGGGGAGCACAGGGUGAUGAAAGCAAAAGCUCAAAACGUCACUUU